AGUCAUUCUUUGCUUAGCACAGUCAAAGGCAGACUGGAGACAGCUCAAGUUGGCACUUCGGCUUCUGAAAUCAAAGGGCUACUCCGUCGCCUCAUCAACCCCCUGCCCAAAAUGAUCAAAGGCCUCUUUGUUACGACUUGCAUGGUACUUCUUCACCAUCAAGGUAAGGUGGUUUUUGGUUUUUUUUUUAUAGAAGCCAAACAAAACCGAAAAGCAAAACUCCAUCAGAACUUUGAAAACUCGUGUAGUCCCUGAUUAGCUUCUAUAGCUUUGUCAGUGUUUUUAAUGAUUAACAAGCAAGCACAUACCCAGUAUGAGUUUCUACAGCCGCACCAAGGAAAGUUUCCUAGAGACUUUGUUUCUGUUCCUGAGCGGAUGCUUUUCUUUUCUGCUGUUUUAUCUUUAUACAUCUUGAAACAGGGCUUGAGAAUGUCAGUUGGAAAGUCCUGAGAAUGUCACAGUGUGGAACAAAAGAAAGUAUUUUAGUCAUUUGGGAAUGAAGAGUUCCAAGAAACUAGAAAGGGAGGGUUGGUUUGUUCGAAGAAGUUGGAAGAAAGCAGCAUUUUAACAGGAAAAGUGUGUUCAGUUUUAAAUGGGCUGCAAGGGUGAGAUAUAAAUCAUAGGCACAAACUUGCAUGAUAUCAGUGAUGACGAGCAGCUUGAUAAUAACUAAACUAUAUUUUGAGUAACAGUGGAUUGAACUGUAUUCAAGCCACCGUGACUCCAGUUACCUUGUGCAGCAGCUUACAAGAAUGGAAACCCCACAGGUCUGAUCUGGUACAGACCACAGUAAUAAAGGAAACCAUUUUUCUUCCCUUCAAAAAUGUAAGAAUAAUGCUACAUAGUGUUUUAUAUAAUACUUUAGAAUGUUUGAGGCAGCUUGCACACAUUAUCUCAAUAAAGGGCUUUCUUAAUAUUCAGACUGUCCAGAUCCAUUGCUCAAAAUGUUUUAAUUCGUUUAAUGAGAAACUAUGGGAGUGGGUGAGAGCCAAGGGUGGUGUGUGUGAUUUGCUCAAAAAAACAAACAUUUAAUAAGAUUAAGGAAUGACAAUUGUAAUGUUAAAUCUGUAAGGCUGUAAUCCUAUACAGUGGUACCUCGGGUUAAGUACUUAAUUCGUUCUGGAGGUCCGUACUUAACCUGAAACUGUUCUUAACCUGAAGCACCACUUUAGCUAAUGGGGCCUGCUCCUGCCGCCGUGCUGCCAGAGCACAAUUUCUGUUCUCAUCCUGAAGCAAAGUUCUUAACCCGAGGUACUAUUUCUGGGUUAGCGGAGUCUGUAACCUGAAGCGUAUGUAACCUGAAGCAUAUGUAACCCGAGGUACCACUGUACACACUUAGCUGGGAGCAAGGCCCACUGAAUACAGCAGGAGUGCCUUCUUGAUAAAUGUGCAUCGGAUUGCUAUGCAAACAAUUUUCCAGUUUAGAGGAAUGUUCAGAACACUAUGGCACAGGAGGAGAUCCCAGUAAUUUCAAUGGGCUGUCAUGUAGAUUAUUUCUUUUGCAAGAGCAAUCCUGUCUGUGUGCUGCAGGGAGGGACUGAUGGCAGAGGCUCUGAGAUGCCCAAGGUCAUAAUGGGUACAUGGCAGCUUGGGAUGAAGGAGAAAUUAGAUUUGGUUUGUGUUUAAGGGGGAAUCUACUUAGUUCACACUUUUCAAAAUGAUGUGCAAAUACAGCCAUCCUUUGAAAUUAGCAUUUCUCUGAAUUUUGCAGAGCAGUUCCCUAGCCAAAAAAGAGUACAAAAAUGUGUAUUGCAGGGUAACACCUGCCUAACAAUGCACAUAUUCAAGAAAAUAGCACACCAAAAUGCAUUAGGUAUGGGAAAAUGUAUUAGGGAAAAAAAUGUGCGUAUUAGGAGAAAUUAACACUGAAAUGCAUUUACCUACUGAUGUGGUAAUGUGGAGAACAGGAAAAUGAGAAAAUGAGAGAAACGAAAAUUGACUGAUUCUUUCAUUCCUAAUUGCAGCAGGGUGGAAGGAGGUUUUGCAUUUGCUUUUUGCUUUUCAUUUUUUUCUAAAUAAAACUGAUGGCUCUCCUGUGGGAGGGCGAAUACAUAUGUCAAGUUAGGAUAUGACCUCUCUCCAUUUGAAGGGGCAUGAUGAGGAACUGGCAAGGCUUCCCCUGAUCCAUCUCCUGCACACCUCCAAAUUGCCCACAAUCUGCCCUUCCACCUUCCGCUUUCCUUCUCAGGGAAGACUAUCGUACAUUGAUAUGCAUCACAAAGAGCUGUCACAUUGAAUCAUAGAAUUGUAGAGUUGGAAGGGACCCCAAGGAUCAUCUAGUCCAACCCACAACAAUGCAGGAAUCUCAGCUAAAGCAUCCAUGCCAGAUGGCCAUUGAGGCUUAAACAUUGUGGUCAUCUGUCAUGGAUGCUUUAGUUGAGAUGCCUGCAUUGCAGGGCGUUGGACAAGGUGACCCUCUAUAAUUCUAGGUUUCUAUUAUUCUGUGCAGUUGGCCAUUUACAGUUAGCAGCAGGACAGUAUUCCUGGGUAAUAUUCAAUGCUACCCACUGAGUAACUUGGGUUCAUUAGUUUCGAUGGGUGUACUCUGUGUAGGACUUAGUGGAAUACAACCCUAUGACUUAUUCCUGGUUGACAUCAAAAUAACAAAACCAAAUGGUAAAUUGAAAUACAGCAGAGAUUUUUUUAAAAAACAACAUAUUGCAUAUUGUCAACAAUAAGAAUAAAUUAUAAAUUCACUGAUGUUGAUAGUAGUGCAAAUAAGAUUAAUGUAGUAAAGUUAUUCAUGCUCAACCAGUAUCUUCCAUAUUAGUUAAGACUGUACCUUGUAACUCACAUCCUUCACUUACAUAAUAAACAUGCUCCACACAGAUAUCACUCUCCAUUUCCCUUAUUUUAACAACAUGAAUAAGUGUGAUCAUACUUAAAAUAUCCCCAAAUUUCACUAGCUGUUAAUGAAUUGUCAUGUUCCUCUUUUUUCUAGUUCUAGUCUUGAAGCUCCGUAUCUUCCUUUUUAAAAAUAUGGCCCUAAGGGCCACCAGUAGGUAUAUUGAAAAUUUCUAAGUUCUUUCAAAAUUCAUUUAUUUUGGAUAAGUCCAAAAUAGAUGACCUUUUCUGAUGGUGCAGUUCCUCUCUUGAUGCUAUGCAUAAAUGACCAGGCUUCUUACUGUGCUGAAGGAAAUGGCCCCCAUAUGGAGCACAAAGAUGGUGUCCUAUGAGCCCCACCCACAUUCUGAACUAGUACAGCCCAGAUACAGACUGUUCAACCUCACUGAGCAUGCUAAGAAACAUUGUUCAUACUUAGAAGCUGAACAUGAGUUCUGAACUCCUUUGGUCAUUAUGGAAAGAGGCUUGUAUGCACACCCCAGAUCUGGAGCCUUCUCCAUUUGUGCUUCAGAGUCCUUCUUCUCAGGCUUAAAUGGCCCCAUAAAUAUCUCCCUUCAGUUGGUAUGAUUGUCCAAGGCAAAUUGAGGUACCCGCUCCAUUCCCAUGCUCUAGGGACAAUGUUUACAUGCCAUACAUGACAAGGAGUGCGGGGAGCAGAGAGUCAGGAAGCUCCAGGAAUUGGUAGCCGCUCUGAGCCCAGCCUUGGCUGGGGAGGGCGGGGUAUAAAUAAAAAUUAUUAUUAUUAUUAUUAGUGGGUGUUCUGCAGGAUUGUGGGCCUUGGCAAAUGCCUGCCAGUGCUGAUCCCUGGCGCUGGCACAUUGCUAUUAAGAAAUCUCUGGUUUCCCAUUCAGUUUUUCAACAUUCCAUGUGGCAAUGUGGUAGCCCUCCUAGUGAGAAAGACUGACUAUGGCCCUAGCUGCCACUUCUCCCUCCUCUUUCUCCAUUCUUCCUUGUAACAUGUACCAUGGGAACCUUUGGCCUAAGACCAGCCCUCCAAAUCUCAGAACUCUCCCCAGGCUCUCCUCGGGUCAUACAUCUCACUGGGCCUGCUUCACACUAUUGUUGAGUGUUUGGGCCAUGCUGGAUUAUAUCUCAUACCCUCCAACAUUUCUCUGGUGUCCUAUUCAAUUAUAUUAUAUUAUUAUAUUAUAUUAUAUUAUAUUAUUAUAUUAUAUUAUAUUAUAUUAUUAAUUAUAUUUUAUAUUAUAUUAUACCCUGUCCAUCUGACUUUCCAACAUAUAUAAAACACAAUAAAACAUUAAACAUUAAAAAAACUUCCCUAUACAGGACUGCCUUCAGAUGGCUUGGGGGCCGGAUAACUCCAUACCCUCCAACAUUUCUCCAUUGAAAAUAGGGAUAUCCUAAGGAAAAGUGGGACAUUCCAGUAUCAAAUCAGAAACCGGGAUGGCUUCUGUAAAUCUGGGACUGUCCCUGGAAAAUAGGGACACUUGGAGAAUCUGAUAUCCUUGAACUCUGAUAAUGCUUUUUGGAUGGCAGAGAGUGUAUCUAGAAGAGAGUGUCUACAGUACAAAAAUAACAUUUGCAUUCAUUGCUCCACCUCCCUCUCGCUCCUCCUACCCCUGGUAUGUGGCCCUAUAAAGAUUGUUUAGAAGGGGGUGUGGCCCUCAGGCUGAAAAAGGUCCUCCACUCCAGUGUACUGUAACACAACUGUGCACCUUUAUGCCCCCAACUGACGGUCAGUUGUGUGAUGAAGGCCUGGAGGAAAAGCACAACGACCACACACCAUAUUUUGUGCAAUACCGCUUGCAAAUGGGUAGAUCGGGGAAAUCAUGCAACGGUGGCAGUUCCCCCUAUCUUGCACCGUGUAGUUUGGUACAAGCUGCAGCAGCUAAAGCAGCAGCACACUGCUUGUUUCAAAGAUGGGGGUUGUUGUUCUGCCAGGGUCCUUAAAUAGCUCUGAGUGAAGUCACCCACACCCUGCAUUCUGCUAAUCAAGUCCUAUGUUAGUUGUUGGCAUGUUCUGUUCUCCAGGUUGCUGCUGAAUAAUUUGCCUUCAGGUUUGGCAUACCCAAAAUAGGUCUGCCCGCCCACACAGAGAACAAGAUCCAUAACGCACCCUCUUACUCAUGCCAUCUGAGAUGGAAUAAAUCCAGAUGGAGUCCACCAUCAAAGUAUCUGUGUGAUAUUCACAAUUCCCAAAUGCCUGUCCCUAGUCCAUACUUCACUUACAUGGAGCACAUGGCAAACCCUCUAAGCAGCGGGUGGUUCAUUUGAUCACUAGAUCCGUCUGUUUGAAUGCAGUAUCAUUUCAUCAGUUGAAUGAAGACUGCUGACUUUUGGGUCUGCUAGUAAGCAACUUUUAAAACAGGCUAACCAGCAGAGCCAUUUACUACUACUACUACUACAGUGGUACCUCGGGUUACAUACGCUUCAGGUUACAGACUCCGCUAACCCAGAAAUAUUACCCCGGGUUAAGAACUUUGCUUCAGGAUGAGAACAGAAAUCGUGCUCCGCCGGUGUGGCGGCAGCAGGAGGCCCCAUUAGCUAAAGUGGUGCUUCAGGUUAAGAACAGUUCCAGGUUAAGAACGGACCUCCGGAACGAAUUAAGUACUUAACCCAAGGUACCACUGUACUACUAUAUUCCCCCCUCAUUCUGAAAUAUUACCGAAGAACACAGUGAGACUUACUUCUAAGUAGCAGCCCUUCUUGCAUUUAAAGAAUGCGCUCAUCUCCCCCACCUCAGUCUUUUUUUCUUCUCCAGACUAAACAUACCCAGUACCUUCAACCUUUCCUUACAGGCUUAUUUCCAUUUUCAUGGCCUUCCCCUGAUCUUAUUGUCAUUUGUCUACACCAGGGAGCAGCUGCUGCUGCUGCUGCUGCUGCUGCUGCUGCUGCUGCUGCUGCUUCUUCUUCUUCUUCUUCUUGUCAUCGUUUUGGCCUGGCAGACCAGAUUGUUUAUCUGUCUAUACCUUUGUGAACCAACUUUGACAGGUAGGUGGGUGGGACAACCCACCUGCCACUCACCUGACAUCAUUAUGAUGUCACAUGAUUGACUAAUGGGUCGUCCUGCUUGGGUUGUGUUUCCCAAGCACCCAGCUGGUUGUGGAGCACUUGGGAACUGCAAAGGGGGAUUUGCCACCCAUAUGCUAUGGGUCUGGGAAGCACUGAGCCAUAGGUUGGCAAAACUACUAUCGAAAGGGAUCUACUGCAUGAUCAAGUUUCCCAUGGGAAACUUAGUUAUGCAACUGAUCCAGCAGGCUUCAAGUGCCUGCCCUUCAGCUACACUCUUCUUAAAGUGAGCCAUCACAGAGCUGCACACCUGGCACACUUUCAACCAUUUCUGUAGCAUGUGGGAGAUACACUCUGAAUAAGGGGUGUGCAUUGGGGCAAAGUUAUCCAGCAUUCUGAUGCACUGAGUAGCGAUGAGGCCUCAUUUACUCCCUAAUUCAUUUCCUGUUAUUCAGUAGGAGUUUAAGUUCUAUGCAUAGCCCUUUCCAGUGAAAAGCUAAUUAGUCACUACUACUACUACAUUUCAUAGCCCAAGGCCACUCUUAUGUCUGGGCUGUGGUAAACAUACAGGCAAGUCUCUGAAAGUAGUAAUUUAAUGGAUGAACUUUAUACCUGGCAGGCAUGCUCACACAUUAUCUAUGCAGAUAUGAAUAGUCCUGGAAGAAAAAACAAUUCUGAAUUAAACAGUCUUGGCCUCAACAAACUGUGACCAAAAAGCCCGAUUCUUAAAAAUAAAAUAAAAAUUAAACCAGAGAACCAAGUUCUGAACGCAAUAGUUUCAUGCAAACUUUGCAAAGAUAAAUAUAGUUAGUAUUUGCAAGCGGUUGGAAGCUAGGCAUGCAAGAGAAUAUGUGUGAGGAUAAUCCACAUCUGUGAAUGGUACAUAUUUUCUUACAUUUAUAUCCCACUUUUCAUCUACCAUUGAACUGAAGGUGGCAUACAUGUGACCCAUAUGUUUGUUCAGCUCUGCCUGCAGAGAUGUGGGUGUGAGUGUGGAGGAAAGCAAUAAUGUUUGGGACAUAUGGAGCAUUUUAACUAGAAUGCCCCUAACUCAUAGUGUCCAAAUAGGAGAAUAUUAUUGUCUUCAUCAGUGGCCAUUGCACCAGGCUCCACCCUUCUCAGAGGCUUGUGGGGCUGCAGAGGUGAGCAACAACGAACAGAACUAAUCCAACAGAUUCCCAACAUUUGGUGGAGCCUUUUUGCUAACGAUGACAUACCCCACAAGUGUCCCGGUACAACUGAGACAUCCUGUUUUUUAUCAUGAGACAACAGUGGCCAUUUUGGUUGCCAUAAUCUUGUGUGAUUUCAUGCUGUGAUUUCCCUCCCAAAAUGUGCUUUUGGGGGCCGCAAUGCACGAUGCCCCAAAAUGUGUGUUUAGGGGUGUCAUACUCAAAAAAGUGCUUUUGAAUGGGGGCAAACCACAGUGCAACCAAAAGAUGGGAAGAUGACGGGUGGGAAGAUGGCGUCCUGGAUUUUGGCUUCAAAGUGUCGGAGGGUAUGGGAGGAGGAGGAGAAGGAGGAGUAAUAUGUCUCAAGGACAUGCAUGAUUAACCUUAUCGUUUAAACCACAUGAGCCCUCAUAGCAAUCAUGAAACCACAUAAAGUAGAAUAAAGAUCCAACAACAAAAUGAUAAAUAUACAAUCCCAAAACUGAGAUCCAAAGCAUUUGUCUAACAAAUAAAUUGUUGAUCUAACAACCAUUUAUAGCCCUAAAGCUUUCUGAAAGUGAACAGUAUUUACCAUUCUUCUAAAAGCCAGGAAGGAUUAAUUUGGCAGGGGACGGAAUUCCAUAUGGUAUCUUCAUUUUUGGUGCUGAUUGUAUAAAAGUUUCCCAAGUUGUUAUUUUUCACAGAAAUGAAUAUCUGGGGAUAUUCAGGGUAAGUCUGCCCUGAAUUGAUAAGACCCAUUUCUCAGCAGUUUUGCCCACCUCAAAUUUGACUAGUUUGAAAUUGUUUAGGGCCUAAAUUGUAGGCUAUGGCUUUUCAUGUGCAUGCCAUGGGAACAUAGGAUACUGCACCUUAUACUGAGUAGCAUUCUUUUCCAUCUAGCCUGCACCAACUGGCAAUGCAUUCCAGGACUUCUGACCUACCUGGAGAUACCAGGGAUUGAACCUGAGACUUUCUGCAUGCAGAGCAGAUGCUGUGCCACUGAGCUAUGACCGUUCCUCCGUGUCGAAAUAGAUAUUUUUUGCCAUAGUCCACAUACAAUUUAGUAGCAACUUUGCAAUUUUGUGUCUAUUUCAGCUUAGGGAUAGAAGAGAAAUUCAAUUUGGUUCACAUUUUAAUGCAAAUACUGUAUAUCUAAUUUGCAGUUCUCAAAAAUAUGUAAACAGAAAUGCUAACAGUCCUUCAAAAUUUGCACUUCUCUGAGUUUUGCAAUGCAGUUCUCCAAUGGAAAAAUGUGUAUGUUAGGCGAAAGUGUGCACAAAAAUGCACAUAUUAAUUGAAAUGACAUAAUCAAAUGCACUCUAUUAGAGAAAAUUGUUUGCAAAAAUGUGCAUAUUAGGAUAAAUGCACACAAAAAUGCUCACUUGGUCACUUUCUUAAAGAUAUAAAAUAAAUGGCAAACCAAUGCAGAAAUGUAGUUGGAAUGUUGCAAACUGAAUUUAUGAUUGGGAUAGCAGAAACUGAGGAAAACUAAAAUUGAAAAUUUGGUCCAUUCAUACUACGGACUGUAUACUUAUUAUCAUCUGAAUAAGCUCCAUCACUGAUUUGUGCUGAACCAUUUUUGGAGUCCACUUCUAGACAGGAAAAAAAGUAUUGGCAGUCAGCAUGCAGAGAUACAUUUUCAGGUUUAGGAUGGGGUGGCGGAGGCAAGAUGCACCACAAGAGAUAGUUGUUUGCUUUCAGAUAAAUUUGAUUUGAACAUGCCCUUACUCCGCUGUCAGGCAGACUGCUGCCCUCCAGACUUCCUAAAUCAGGGAUGGGGAACCUGUGGCCCUCCAGAUAUAGGAGGAGUACAGCUCUCAACAUCCCUAAACAUGCUGGCUGGGGUUGAUGGGAGCUGGAAGGACCACAGGUGCCCCAUCUCUCCCUAGAUACCUUGUUGGUGUCUCAGGCAAACUUUGGAUUUGGAUUUACAAUCCUUGGAUUAUGCAUGUCCUCACUGGUGAUUGUGGGUGGGUGGCAGGGUGUAUUCUAGACACAACAGGCUCUUGGCCUCUGAACAAGGUUGUUGACAGGUUGAACUGAAUGGAAAAGUUUGCAAAGAACAUGCUCUAUAACAUGAGAGUGAUUCAUCACAAUUUCCUCUCUAAGUCACCUCCUCCUUAGCUUUGCAUCUUUAUAAACCAAUGCUUACUCAUCCAUAAGUCAGUCCUCACUCAACCUCUUUCUGCUGAGCCCACUUUCAACCCAAGCUGGAGGCAGAGGGAUUUUCCUUUUCCUGGCCUAGUCACCAAGGCUUCACUCAGAUAAGAUGGAAUUGCUGCUGGUCAGUGGGAAGGCUGAUCCAGGAUUAGGGAAUAUAAAUUGUUCUUUAUGUGGGGACAGCUGUGAAAAAGGUGAAGGCUAUGCUAGGGACCAUUAGGAAAGGAAUUGAAAAUAAAACUGAAAAUAUCACAAUGCUGUUAUACAAAUCUAUGGUGUGACCACACUAGAAAUACUGUAUAUUGUUUUGGACACUAUGCCUCAAAAAAGAUUUUGUAGAGUUGGAAAAGGUUAAGAAAGCAGCAACAAAAAUCAAGAAAAUUGAGCAACUCCACCAUGAGGAAAAGUGGAGCUUCUUAGUUAAGAGAAAAGGCAAGUAACCAGAUACAUGAUGCAUAAAGUGGAGAAGUGGGCAGGGAAUAGUCCCUGCCCCUCGUCCCUCAUAAUACAAGAAUUUAGGGCCAUCCAAUGAAGCUGAAUGUUGAAAGAUUCGGGACAGACAAAAACCCCCACCCUUCUUCAUAGGUAAAUUAUGGCAUUUGCUCCCACAAGAAGCAGUGAUGACCACAGAUUUGAAUGAAUUUAAAAGAGGAGUAGCCAAAUUCAUGAAGGAUAAGUCUAUCAGUGACUACUUGACCCAAUGACUAUGUUCUACAUCCACUGUCAAAAUCAGUAUGCCUCGGAGUACCAGUUUCUGGGAAUUACAGGUGUGGAGAACGCUGUUACACUUGGGUCUUUCUUGUGGGCAUCUGGUUGGCCACUGUGAGAACAGGAUGCUAGACAAGAUGGGCCAUAGGCCAGAUCCAUACGGCUCUUCUUACGUUCUUAUGGAUGGGAUUGCUCUCCCAUUGAAAUACCACAUUCACAAUUUGAGCUUGCCUCUUGAUUUGACUUUGCUCAGGUAGCAGCAGCAGUGUUCAGGAGUGCCUUUCUGUGGCUUUGACUAGCACACCAGCUGUGCUCUCUCUUGGACAAAGCAGAUCUGUCCACAGUUAUGCAUAUCUUGGUCACACCCAGGUUAGAUUACUGCAGUGCCCACUUUGUGGGGCUGCCUUUGAAAUGGGUUUAGACUCUUCAGCUGAUGCAAGAUGCAAUGGACAAGGCAUUUGACUGUGGAUUAUUGGGGGGAGGCAUAUCACUCCAGUAUGUUUCUGGGGACAAUUCAGAGUGCUCCCCAUGAUUAAGAAAGCCCUCAUGUUUUGGGCCCUGACUAUUUAAAGGACCAUCUUCUCCCACAUGGCCCUGCCUACCCACUGCAUUCAUUACUGAAGUCUUUGUUCUGCAUUUCUUUGCAUUCAGAUGGUCAGCUGAAUGAGGCAUUGGAUGGCAGGUCCUCAAAGACGCACUGAGACUGUGGAUCUCCUGACGUCAGGAAGCCAGAGGGCUUCCUCUUUUGUGGCCUUUAGUUGCAGCGUGAAGGCAUUUCUGUUACCUCAGCUGUUUGUUUUUUCCUCCUUAGUAAUAUGAAUGUUUUCAGUUGUAUCAGGUUUUGCCUCUCUGUUCUGAUCUGUAGCUUAUUUUCUAAUAUAAUAUAUCUAUAUUAUGAAAUAGAUAUAUGUCUUACCUUAGACCACCUGUGAUGGACAGCUGAGUCUGGUGAUGCAGUGUCUCGGAAUUCCACAAGAGGGCUGGAGCCUCUCUCUGAUUGGCUACCAAGAGGGGGUGGAGCCAGUGCUUUGGGAGGGAAAAUAAAAGGAGCCAUUUCUGAGAUUCAGAUGGGGAGGUGGAUUAAGAGAGAGCAAUCAAGUUUAAAGAACUGAAGUGAAAUCACUGGAAAUAAGUUGCGCAUUUACCAUGUAUUCUAGUAACCUAUAACAUAUUUAACUGAAGAGUAAUAACUUAAAAUAAACAACUGAAGUUUAAAAGAAACUGUGUGUUUACUACUUUGUUUAGAAGCCUGUAAUAUCCACAAGAUUUAGCAUAAUUAUUAAUAAGUUAACUGUUCCCUGAAAGACCAUUAUCAACUGACACCACCUUUGUUUUAUCAACUUUUAUAAAUCUUUUCUUAUUUGGACGACUUCUCCCUGAGUCUCCAAGGAUCUAAGUUUACCCUCACACAAAACCCAAAAGAUAACUCAUGGUGGUUAUAUAUAGGGAUCCAUCACACCACCUCCAAGGCCUUUAUGGCUGGAAAGGCAGAACUUGCAUUUUUACAAGUGCCAUAUAAUCUUUGCUGGGGUUUCAUCCUUUAGUGUGGCACCAGCACACCUUGGAACUCUGCCUAUUGACAUCAUGCAUGUAUCCUAUUCAAAACUUUUUUUCAGCAAGGUUUUUCAGAUAUGUACUUUAGUUAGGUAUACUAGGGUUUAAUAUUUUCUGAUUUUAUCAGCAUAUUAUUUAUAACUGUUUUAUGUACACCACUUGAAGGUUUUUGUUUCUAAUUAAGAGGUUUUUAUAUAUAUUUUCUGAAUAUAAAUGAACACCAAAGUACAUAAAUGAAAAAUUCUCUAUCACUAUCCUAGCACACAAGCGUACACACAGCGAUAGGCAAAUGCAGCAACAACUAUGCAACAAAUAGUAAUUAAAAGUGGAGUGGCGUGUGACUAGUCCCUAUGUAGACCCUCCUUCCCAAGCAGUGUGCUAAUUUUGAAAUGUUUGCAUAUGAGUGUGUAUACUAGCCCUCCCAAACCAGGUAUUCUCCAGAUGUUUUUGGACACCAACUCCCAUCAGUCACAACCAGCAUCAUCAAUGGUCAGGAAUGAUGGGAGACGUAGUCCAGGAGCAUCUGGAGGAUGCCAGGAUGGAGGAGGCUGGUUUUCAUUCAUGCUGUGAAUGUCACAGAAUGUUCAGAAGUAUUUUUAAUGUUGCAAGGGGAAGAAUGAAAGGUGAAAGUCCAUGCAGCUGCUGUGAGUUAAGUGGCAAGAAUUCCAUUACAUGGAUGCCACAAUGGAGAAGGUUUUGGGUUUUGUCCAAUGUAUUGGCUGAUCGAGCAUGCAAAGUAAUGUGUAGUGGUCCUUCAUGUAUAGUGAUCUCAAGCUGUUCAGGCUUUCAAUGUAAUAUUGGAACUCUGGCCCAUGGGCCAAAUUAGACCUGUUACAGGACCUAAUUUGGCUUGCAAUGUCAUUUUCACCAAACCAUCCCCACCUGCCCCACACAACUGACACCAUAUGUGGGGUCGGGCAGGUAAGGACAUGGCUGCAGGAAAACAAUCAAGAGCUUGAAGUGAACUUCUGGUUGUUCCUAUGCAAGUGUGGCUUGCUGAAGGUAAUCCCCUCUGUGAUCAGGGAAUGCCCAUCAGGAACUUUUCAAUGCAAUUAGCAGAGCUUGCUGUCAACAAUCAUAGGCUAAUUGGUCCUAAGAGCAAACCAUCUGGUGAUUGACAGGUAGGCAACCUGGAAGCAGUUCUCCAACUCUAAAGUAGCACUUUCUGUUGAAUUUGAAAAUAAAUUACAAGCUGAUGAAUCUAGUAAAAUAGGGGAGGAGAUGUCACAUGAUCUAAAACAAAGCCCUGAUCAAAACUUUUGUUGCUACUUUUCCCACCCACUGAAGUGUUCAAAUUCUUUUCAAAGAUGAUACUUGUUGAAUAUGGAUCAUCAUCAUCAUCUUCAGUACUAAUGGGAUUUAGACUUCUUUGCUUUUUGAGACAUUUUGACUCUUCUGUGUCUCAGUGCUAGGAAUAUUCUAUAGUCUAGAUUUCCAAAUUGACAAAAGAUAAAACAUUAAAGGGGGCUUUGUGUUCUAACCAUAACCACUUUGUUUACUGGAACACAAUGUUUUAUUUUGCACUUGUGAAAUGUUGCCCUUUCAUCCUGGAGUGACACUUGUGAAAUGAUGUCCUUCCUUCCUAGGUUGAGAUUGUUGUGAUAUGUGUAUGCGUAAAAAGGUUAUCACAUCAAAGUUGCCUUGCACUGGCUUCCCGUUGCUGUAGAUUGUCCUUUUCAAACAGCAACAACAAUAGCGUAAUACUGUCAAGAUCAACUGAAAGACAUGAAGUAGGGAGCUAGCUUCCACAAAACUCUUCUACUGGCUGAAUGGUAAAUAAAACAAGGGGGAGGGAGAAGAGAAUGCUGGUCUGAGAACAUGGCCUGAAGGAGCAGAAGGACACAACCUUGCUGAAAAGUAGGCAGGUCAGUGUCAGGUUGGGUGACAUCCUGGGAAACCCAUGAAUGCUGCCUUGGGUUCUGUGACAGAAGAAAGGUUGGGUGACAUCCUGGGAAACCCAUGAAUGCUACCUUGGGUUCUGUGACAGAAGAAAGGUGGAUUAUGAAAAGGAAUUACAAUGAUGAAAAACUGCAUAGUAUAAAUUCCCAUCUGUAAUACGUAAAAGUCUUAAUAAGCUGAUUCAGAAAGUUCCUUGCAGAUUUAUUAACACACAUUGUCAUUCUUCAGAGCUCAGCCCCUUCCUCCAGUCUUUGGCAGUUAAUAUCUCAGCUCAGUGCAGAGAUACAUCAUGUCUUACACACAAGCUGGGUCCUUGGAUGAAGGGUGGUACAGUGGUACCUUGGGUUAAGCACUUAAUUCAUUCUGGAGGUGUGUUCUUAACCUGAAACUGUUCUUAACCUGAAGCACCACUUUAGCUAAUGGGGCCUCCUGCGGCUGCCGCACUGCCGGAGCACGAUUUCUGUUCUCAUCCUGAAGCAAAGUUCUUAACCUGAGGUAAUAUUUCUGGGUUAGCAGAGUUUGUAACCUGAAGCGUAUGUAACCUGAAGCGUAUGUAACCUGAGGUACCACUGUAUAUAAAUUUACUAAAUAAAAAAAAAGUUAGAAAAUUUAGGACAGAGAAAAGAAAGUACCUUUUUGCAUAGCAUAUAGUUAAGCAAUGAAAUUCAGUCCUGCAAGAUGUGGUGACAGCCACUAAUUUGGAUGACUUAAAAAAAGAAUUAGACAAAUUCAUGGAGGGGAAAACUAUGAGUGGUAAUUUGUUAUGUUGGCUGCAUUCUUCCUCCACUGCUGGAGGCAGUCUGCCUCUGAAUACCAGUUGCCAGAAAACACAAAUGGGAAGGAUGCUAUUGCACUCAGGACCUGCUUGCAGGCUUCCCAUAGGCAUCUGGUUGGCCAGCAUGAAAAGAGGAUGUUGGACUAGAUAGUCCUUUGUCCACAGGUUCUUCUGAGUUUCCUGUAGUGCACAGCCUGCCAUUUUGCAUGGUGCUAUUGGUGUGGUGUAUUGUGAAUCGUUGCAUUUGAACAUGUUGAAGGGCAUUUUCUUAGCAUAUCUUUCACCUAAGAACAAACUGUGAAAACAGUGGAAGACAAGCUGCUGAAGAGGAAAUGAACAUGGCAGAUGCACCAACAGAGCUUUGAGUGGCUAGGAGAGUGGGCUUGGGCAAUGAUCAAUGAUGUGAAAAUGGGAGUGUUGCAAGCAUAGUUCUAGUUUUCUCUUUGAAAAUGUGUAGUGUUUGCAAUAUUGUAUGUUGGAUACUUGUCUUAGGGCAAUUCAGCUGAAAAUAUUACAUGGAAUGUAUUGAACUCCCAAGCUUGUUUAUUCAUGGAAGGAUCAAAAAUUCCACUGGGCUUGACCUUAUCAUUAGGCAGAGUGAAGCAGUUACCUCAGGCAGCAGAUGCUGGAGGAUGGGAAAGAGCAGCACUUCCCACCAGUCAUGCCUUGAGACUGGGCAUUCCCCUCUUUUGUGUCAAGGAGCCUGAUCUCUGCUUCUUCGGCUAGUUUCUGUUGGCUGCUGUGAUGAAGUAAGAUUCAACUUCCCGUCUACUUGGCAUCUGUAUAUGGAACACAAGAUGCAAAAUAGUAUUGGUGAAUCCUGGGAAAGCACAAGUUCUUUGGUGCAUCUAAGGUAGAUACAGUACAUUUAUUGUCCCAUUGAUUCAGUUACAUUUGGAGAACUUCCACUCCAACAAUUAACACUAGUUUGCGGUGUUCAAAAAGGGGUGUUUUCCCUGACCCUUUGAGAUGCUCACAUAGCUGUGGUUUUUAUAAGGGGACCAUGAUAUAGAGUAACAUAAUUUAGCUAAAAUUGUGGAGUGGCAUUUCUAUUCCAUUAAGCCCUCCCCCUUACCUCCCCCAACCAUGUUGAACACUUGUCCCAGUGGGGCGUGGGGAGAAAAACAAUUGUGUGUACAGGAACAGCCCCAAGAGAUUUUGCUGCCUGAAGCAAAGAAGUUGCAAUGGAAUGUUACACAAACGCUAGCAACGUGGAGUAUGCUCCAUCAUACUGAGUGCAGUGGGAUACUUAAGGGAGUGCAACAGGGGGUGCAUGAUGCACACAGUGCUCCGCUUCACCCCAUCUGUCCCUGCCCAGCAGCUGCACUUGUCAGGUGGGCACUGCUGAGAGUAUCAUAUGUCCCAGAGGUGCUCUUAGCUUGUAUUAAAAACUGGGCUCUUAUUGCUGCAGCUCCAGCUCUCUGGAAUCAAUUGCCAGUUGAAAUUAGAUAGCUAGCAUUGUGAUUUUCCGGCCCCUACUGAAUACACACCCACCCAAACACACACACACACACACACACACACACACGUUUAAGAAGGCUUUCCCUGAGGUGUGAAGAAAGUGUUUUAUUGCUUUCAGAGUUUGUAAAGAUGGUUUGAAUGUUUUUAGAGUUUGCUGAAAUCAUAGAAUCCUAGAAUUGUUGGGUUGUAAGGGACCAUGAGGGUAAUCUAGUCCAACCCCCUGUAAUGCAGGAAUCCUUCCCCCAAUGUGGAGCUUGAACCCAGGAUCCAAGAGUCUUGUGCUCUGCUGACUGAGCUAAGCUGGUUGUAUUGUUUUCAAGACUUGUGUGUUAUUCUGUUUUUAUCUUUCACAUCGCUUGUAUGGCUUUAUGUUACAAAGUGGUCUAUAAAUUACUUGAUAUUGAUCAGAGGCGCCGAGUUGUGCCCAACAUUGUGGGGGCCCGUUGUGCAUGCACAAUGCACACCCGUGAUGUAGUUUUAAUUGUUUCUGAGCGUGCAUGGAUUUUUGCUAUACUCUUAUUUUUAAAGGCACCAUUUGUGUAGGUGUUUUCUCUGCUGUGAUUAUUUUGAUAACGCUAUACUGCAUUUGAUGCUUAAGACCCUUGUACAGUAGUCCAAAUAAAUGAAACUGAAAUUGAAACAGAGAGUCAUUGUGGGAAGUGAAGCGGGGUUAGUCCAGAACACUUUAGUCUCUCAGUUUGCUUUUCACUGGCUCUCACUCAGCUGCUCACCGCCAUCAUGCAGCCCCAAAUGGACUGUGCCCCCGACAGAAAAGAAGGGUGUUUGUGUGCUCACACAUUUUCUGCAUGUACCUUGGGUGCAGGAGUAGCUGAAAUGAACAGACAGGCCCAAACAGCAAGUAGUCUCCUCCAGGCCACAUCUUGCUAGCAGGUUGCAAAACUUAUGGGAGGAUCCUAUGCAUAUUUCCUUGUAAGUAAGUCCCAUUGUCUUCAAAGCAGCUUACUCUCAGGUAAGCAUAUAUAGAAUUUUAGCUGUAGGUUUGUCACUGUUGGAGGCAGUGUGCCCCUGAAUACAAGUUGCUAAGAAUCACAACAGGGUAUAGUGUUGUUGUGUUCAGCUGGUAGGCCACUGUGAGCACAGAAUGCUGGACUCAAUGGGCCUGAUCCUGCAGGGCUCUUCUUAUGUUCAUUUGUUAUGUUGCUGGGUUGUGGGUUUUUUGCUGGCUUCCUUCAAAUGGCCAAACCGUUUCCUUCAGCAAGGGAGCAAGGGUGUGUGCAUUUGUUAUUAUUAGCCACCACCUGUCAAAGGCUGUUAAAUCAGCCAUUUCAAGAAACAAACAAACCAUGCAAAAGAAAUUUGUAUGGCGAGAAGGUCGUUUUAUGUAGCUGGGCUUCAUUUCAGUAGGAAAUAGGGUCUAUGCUGGACUGUUCACUUAAGUUAUUAUUAUCAUUUUAUUAUUUUUGAUUGAUAUACAGCCCUUCAUCUGAAGAUCACAGGGCAGUUCACAACAUGAAUGACAAUUAAAUCAUGUGUGGGAAAGGGAAUUUCAGAAUAAAGCAAACAUUUCUCUCUUUCCUCCUCAAUGAAGGGAACUCCCUGAAGGAACUUCCUGGAGUGAAGGACUACGAAGUAGUGUAUCCACAAAAAAUCCAUGCAUUGCACAAAAGAGAUGUCGGAGGAAGCCAGAACCACAAGGUAAAAAAGAACUGCCUGUUUGGUUGUGUACACACAACAAUUCAUGGUGCAUUUGAUGCAUCAGACAUGUACAUGUUUUUUGUGCCUUUCACAUAGAAUCAUAGAAUUGUUCAGUUGGAAAGGUUCCUGAGGGUCAUCUAGUCCAACCCCCUGCAAUGCAGAAUUCUCAACUAAAGCACCACAGACAUGUACCUUCCAACCUCUGCUUGAAAACUUCCAAUGAAGCUCCUUAUGCAGUCACAUCAGUUUCUUUAGAUGCCUCCCACUUUUCAUUCUUAUUGGAAUUGUCUGCAUUUGUAGCUUCCAUAUUUAACCUUUAAGAAACUCCCAUCCAUCUUGAACUCCCUUCUCUUUGAGUUUUUGUGACCAUAGGAUCUCACCCAGUAGCUUUUUGAAAUCAGUCUUCUUAAUGUCCAGAGGGCAUGUCUCAGCUUUCCCUUGCCUCUGUGUCAUGAAACUCAAAAGGACAAGAUCAUUUCCUCCCAAGAUUUCCAGUACUUCCACUUAGUCAAUCAGUUCCUCCCUGUUGGUGAGGUCCAGGUACAAGAUAGAUGAUCCCCUUGUUGCUUCUUCUGCUUUCUGGGAAACGAAGCAACUGAGGCAAGGCAACAUAACAGCAUCCUUGUCCAAGCGGCAGACUGCAUUCCGCCUUCCCUCCCCCCAUUUAAUUUUUAUUUAACGAAUCUAUGGAUUAUGUGGUAAGGGACAAAGUCCAACAUAAAAUCACAUGUUACUCAAGUGUGGAUGCACUGAAGUGCACCAUGUGGGUGGCUUUGUGGUUUUCUACAUGUUUGGGGCCAUCUAUCUCCACCCCUACAUCCUUUUACUCAGCACCUGACCACAAUCUGGCCAUUUUGUUUCCAUCAGCGCAAAGGAAAUGAUGCAGUGUCCAUUUCCACUUCUACUGGUUGCUGCUGAAGGCAUGUUUACAGUAUUUUUUUAUUUUUAGAACAGCUGCUUUGUGCAGGACUGCUCUUGUGCAAAACAGCAGCAUUGAGAAUAGAAGUAAAAUUGGCCUUUGCAGGUACAGGAGGGAGGGAGGGAGACACUUUCUCCAAACACCUCUCCAACAGAUAGUUAUUCCCAUCCAGACGUGACUAUGUGUGCUUGUGUGGGAAACAUGCUGCUUAUGUUACACUCCAGUGCACACCACAGCUCCCUGCGCUGGGGGAAGAGAGUGUGGAGAUCAGAGGCACUGAUGCCUCUGCCUGGCUGGCCAGGGCCAUGAGGUGGGGUGAAGCAGUCGUGACAGGCACUGGAAGCCAAAGAUCUUGCUGGAAACCCCACUGGUAGUGGGAUGCCCAUGUGGGCAGCAACUCGUUGGCUCUCCAGUGGUGGGGCAGGGGCACCUUCCCAUUUCACCACCCCUGUUGGUGGCCUUUGCUAGGAAUUCUUCAGGCUGCUAGCUCUGUAGCCAUUGGGCUCAAACAUGACACACAAUUUUAAACUGCUUUUUUGUGAAUCUGGUAAAUCAAACAACAUAUAUUUCAAAUAUAUAUAUAUAUAUAUAUAUAUAUAUAUAUAUAUAUUAGUAAUUUCAGCAUAACAUUUUAUCAAAAAACAUAUCAUCCUUAAUUUUUUCUCUCCCUAUUUUUCUCUCCCCCCUCCCCAAAACAUAACCCCCCUCCCCCCUCCCCCCCAGACUUCCCUCAGCUCCUCUCUCUGGUUUAUCAACAUAUGUUAUUUUCUGCAUGUUACAAAACUGUACAGAUCCUUAAUUUAAAUAUCCAAAUGUUAUCAAUAAAAGGUUUGUGAAUGUUUAUUCAAAUAUUUUGCUCAUUGUGACACAUGCUUGAAUCUCUGGGUUUGGUCCAUGUUCGCUACUGCACUAAUCCAGGGACAAAAGCUUUUUUUAAAAAAAAGAUGUCUGUACAAAUGUGCACAAUGGGCCUCAGGUUUAUAGGUUGGGGAAGUAGCAAUUGAGGUGGUAAUUAGUAGUAAGUGAAAUUGUACCUUCCCGGAUCUGAGGCCUUACUGUAGCCUUCAAGGCGCAAAUGAGUGACUUGGGAGGAGGUCUUCAAUUCAGCAGUAUUUAUUAGCAGUUGUUGUGAUGCUGUAGCAGUUUUCCUUUGUUUGCCUGUCCCCUGCAAAACCCCCCACCUCUAAUCAACAUAUGCUCAUCCACACUUUUCAAAUGCAGGCCAAGUAUGAAGAUGCUGCAGACUAUGAAAUGAGAGUGAAUGGAGAGAAGGUGGUCCUUCACCUCGAAAGAAACAAGUAAGUUAGAAUAAGGUUACCAGGCGUCCUCGGAUUUACAAAUCAGUCCCCAUACAAAAUCCAUUGAAGUUGAAAAGUGUCCCCGGAUUCAUUGAAAAAAAUCUGGUAACCUUAAGUUAGAACUGCAGUUUUCGUAACAUAUUCAAGGUGACAACAUGGCAGAAAAUAAUGGAGGUUAUAAGGAGCGCAUUCCUGUGGCGAUAUUCUUUCCCUCCAGUUAUUAUGUUUGGGAGAGGCCUCAGUCACAGUCAGGGUUAAGUUAGACAUUGGAAGAGAUAUGGAAAUGCUUCUACAGUAUAAGAUACAUAGACCCAGUGCCACUUCGGGUCUCUGUUUUCUUUCUUUCUUUCUUUCUUUCUUUCUUUCUUUCUUUCUUUCUUUCUUUCUUUCACAACAUAUAGCAGCAACAUGGAGGGGUGAAUGUGUUCCCAUAUGACACAAAGCACAUGCAAAUUUUAUGCAACAAUGUGCUUUCUUUUGUGAAACACUGACCAGUCUCCAAUGGAAGUCACCACUUGCUGGUUGCUGAAAUUCUUGCAAAGAACACAGUCCAGAUUGCGCCCCCCAGCCCUGGACAAAUUAGCUCUUCUUUCUGCCUCUCCUCCAACACCCUCUCCACCCAUUCAAUUUACCCUCUAUUAAAAACCAUUUAUUAUCAAUAUUUUCCUGCCAACCUAGCAGUUCGAAAGCACGUCAAAGUGCAAGUAGAUGAAUAGGUACCACUCCGGCGGGAACGUAAACAGCGUUUCCGUGCGCUGCUCUGAUUCGCCAGAAGUGGCUUAGUUAUGCUGGCCACAUGACCCAGAAUAUGUCUGUGGACAAAUGGGCUCCCUUGGCCAAUAAAGCGAGAUGAGCGCCACAACCCCAGAGUCGUCCACAACAGAACCUAACGAUCAGGGGUCCCUUUACCUUUAAUAAUCGAUAUUUAUAUUUAUGGACAUAUUUUAAAGCUGAUUUUGCACCCUCCCCCCAUCGCCUGUGCCCCUCGCCACCCCUUAGCUACAGCCCUGCCCUCCAGCAGGAGCACUGGAUUGACAUUUGCACCACACCUCUCCCCAUCUCAACCCUCCCUCUCUCUUUCCUGGUAAACAUACCUGUAAGUGACCCAGCUGCUGGGAAGUUAGGUAAGCACCCCCACUGCCCCAGGCCAUGCAUCCCUGGCAGUGGUAGCUGUUGCCCAUUGGGACUGGUAGAGCAGAAGGCAGAGCAGCUAACAAGAGGUGGAGCCAGAGCGAAUGACAGGCAGAAUCAACUAAUUCUGGGUUUGUUCCCAUCCUCCUUCCUGUUGUUUUCUACAAGGGCAACCCUGUGACAAAGGAAGAAGGUGACAGUCAGGGCCACCCCAUGAACUGGCUGUAAAUGAGGAGUUUGGCAAGUGAGAGCUUGGUGGGACAGCACCCCAUUUGCCCUACUGGGCCAGCCUGCAGUGAUGUCUGGAAACAGUUAAACAAAACAUGCCCCCAAAGAAGUAUUCUGAUACAAAACCACCCCAAAAUAAAUAUUUCCAAACACCUGGAGUUUCUUCCGCACCACUCUCUUACUAGUGGUGUGUUCCCAAGUUUUGUGGUUGUUUUCUAAUUAUGCCUUAAGAUUCCAAGAUUUCCUCUUCCUUUAUGCAUUUAAAAUAUAGAUGGAUCAUGGGGAUUCCACUAUAUAUAUAUAUAUAUAUAUAUAUAUAUAUAUAUAUAUAUAGACUGUGCAAGUCUCUCUAGAGCUCAGGAUCAUCCAAUGGAGCCAAAUGGUGGAAGAUUCAGAACUAAGUGCUUAUUCACACAGUGCUUAACAAUCGAACUCACAGCUGCAAAAUGUACUGAUGCCAGCCACCUUGGACAGUUUUAAAAGGACUAGAUAGGCCUUUAAGAAGCUUUUAAUGUUUGAUGUAUCACAGUAUUUUACUAUUCUUUUGGAAGCCGCCCAGAGUGGCUGGGGAAGCCCAGCCAGAUGGGCGGGGUAUAAAUAAUAAAUUAUUAUUAUUAUUAUUAUUAUUAUUAUUAUUAUGUCUGCUUGAGCUGACAGCCUCUUAUUUUUUUAAAAUUACUUCUUGCUUUUAAGUUGUUUUUUACUUUUUAUGAUUUUAUUGUUUUGUUUUUCAAUUGUAAACCACUGUGAUGUAUCUUUAUGUCACAGUGGUAUAUAAUUUUUUUUAAUAAAAAUAAAAAUGUUCUUUUGACUGAGUUCCAACAAACAAACGCCUUCUACCUCACUCAGCGUGGCCAGGAUUUAAAACUGCACAUGUGGCCUUGUUAUGCAUGCAUGCAUUCAUGCAUUGUCAGCCAAACCCAUGCUGCAUGCAUGCCAUUGCAGGCUAGACCUUGAUGCCUCCAGCAUCUCAGGAGCUCCAGCUGCAUAACAAAAGACAGGAAGGAUUCUAAAGUGCUCCAAUGGUAUUUGCUGGUAGUGGCAGGCAGCCAAUCCCUGCUGUGAUAGGGCCAAUGUUGUGAUUCGCUAGUCGCAGCAUAAGGCGACCUAUCACAGGCGGCGCAGGCGGCGUGUUGCCUGGGCCGGCUUAAGGUGUCUAUAUACUGGGUUGAGUGCCCCUGUUUGUCAGUCUUGUUCCUGCUGCUUCAAUAAAUCCUUUUGAGCUGAACCCAGGGCUCGGGUCAUGCUUGAACCCACCUACACUUCAGCCUUGUCUAUAGAAACCCUAGCAAUUUGCAUAUUGUUUUCUAAGAGCCUUUUAAAAAUGUUAACCCUGCAUCCGAGUUGAUAUAUUAUACAAGCAAGGCAUAAGAGGAAAUGGCCUAGAAAUAUUCCAGAUAUUUUUCUUUUAAACUGAUCCAUUGGUAGCAUAGCGUUUUAGUCUUGUUAAGGGUGAGGAGUGCUCAGCUUGAACUAUAAAUCAAGAUAUUAAUAAAGAUAAUCUUCAAUAGAAUUGCCACUUGGCCAGUUUCUGCAUAAUAACUAACCAGCUCAACAGGUUUGUCUCUCUGUCUCUCCUCCUCCCGGCUACUGGCCUGGCCUGGGAUGGGUUUUCUUUUUAACAGCUUGUUUCAGUACUGGACAGUAGGCAUGCAUUAAAAUGAAAUUAUUUCCCACCUGCACUAAUGACCUGUGGUAACAGCCUGAUUUGCUCUGCUAAAGAGGAACCACCUGCAAUCAAUUUUUCCACUACAUAUAACUGAUAAAUGUUAGGAGUGUGCACAGGCCCUGAGAUUUGCUUUGCAUUUGUGCAUUUAAAAAAAUUCCAGUUGAUUUCUGAGUCUCUCUUUGUACUCCCUCGAUUUGCAUUUCACAUCCUGUGUAAAACAAAGCUCUGUACUUCUCCCAUUUAUUAUACAGUAGCACCUCGGCUUACAUUGCCCUCGGGUAACGUAAACCUCAGGUUGCGAAAGCAGCAACCCCGGAAGUGUUUUGCUGCGCAUGCAUGCCUAGAAGUGCUUUACCGUGCUGUGUGCAUGCGCAGAAGCAGUCUGCCACCGCAUGCACAGAAGCGAACCCUCCAGUUGCGGAAACAUCAGGAUCCGACCGGAGCUCUGGAAUGGAUCCCGUCCGCAACCAGAGGUACCACUGUAAUGGGGAAUAAAAUAGCAGCUCUUUCCCCUUGAAGCCAAAAUGGAUUAAAUCUAGGAGCCAGAGUACCUCCAGAGUGGAUUAAGUUUGCCAAAUUGUAGACAAAUAGGUCCAGACUUUUUGUGGAAAUACAGUGGUUCCUUGGUUUUGAGCAUCUCGGAAGUCGAAUGUUUCAGUUUUCGAACACCGAAAACCCGGAAGUAGAAGCUUCCGUUUACAAACGCACCUCUGAAGUUGAACGGCUUAUGCUGAGUGUUUCUCAAUUUUCUCAAUUAAAUUUGCAGACCGCCCUUUGUGCCUCGGUUUUCAAACGUUUUGGAAGUCGAACGGUCUUCUGGAAUGGAUUACAUUUGAAAACCGAGGUACCAUUGUGAAAGGAAAUUCACUUUUCUCUUUGCUGAGGCUAAGCAGGUCUGGGACUGGUUAGUGCCCGGGAACAACAUGAACACGACCUUGGCUUCCAUGAUGGAUGGAAGACACACACACACACACACACACACACACACACACACUUUUACCCUUCCUAUGAUAGGAUCAUCUCCACCGUGUUGCAUGUGAGCACUUAUGUGCCUUCAGAGGCAUUCCUUGACAGUAAGCAGACCCAGUGAAACUGGUCCUACCUGCACUCUACAUUUAAAGCAGUAUCAUGUCACUUGAAACAGUCGCGGUUCCCCCACUGUAGUUUGUUAAGACAGCUGAGAGUUGUUAGGAGGCCCCUAUGCCCCUCACUGAGUUCUCUGGGAAGAGGGAUUGAAUAUAAACCAUUCUGGGAAUUGUAGUUCUGUGGGGGUAAUAAGGGUUUCUUAACAACUCUCAGCACCCUUAACAAGCUAUACUUCCUGGUAUUCUUUGUGGCAAGCCAUGGCUGUUUAAAGGUGCAUGAUACUGCUUUAAAUGCACAGUGCAGGUGGGGCCUAGAUUGUGGCAUGUUCUUGGUUGUGGUGUGUUUGUGUGGUGUCAACAACUGUUCCUUCAGUUUGCAAAUUUGCCCAUGACCGCCCCCUCCCCAGUUGGCAGCCCCUUAAUCAAAUGAAUCAAGAUUUGUGUGCUUUGUAAACACUGUUGAUCCCCUUUCCUUUUGUUUAAAAAUAUGUACCGUGGAGAAGCUUAAGUGCCUUCCCUCCCCUUUGAUAUCCUACUCUGAAUCUAAAAAUAGACAUACAAUGCCAUUGGGGAAAUAUAAUUGUAGGCUUAUUAUGCAAUUAUCUCUGGCCCAACUUAAUUUUCAUCUUGAAUAACAAACCCAUUGUAUUCUUUGCAGGGAUCUUCUUUCCAAAGACUACACUGAGACCCAUUACUCCCCUGAUGGCAGAGAAAUUACAACAAGCCCAGAUGUUGAGGUAAAGGCCAGAGCAUCUUGUUGUAAAUGUCAUGAGAAGGGCGGGUUGGGGUGCAUGGCUUUAAGAGACUCUCAAAGAAAGGUGGCUUGCAAAUGCAUGCGGAUCCACUGAGUCUAGACCAGGGAUGGAUGGAUCAGCCUAUUUCUGGCCCACCUCAUUUUUGCACCUCAUUUUCAUCACUCUCCCACUCCCUCCCAGUCUGCCCAGCAGCCCUGCUAGUGGGAGGGCACAUACACAGCACCACCCCUCUCAGCUGGUUGCUCCUUUGACAGAUGCUGUUUUUAUGUCCUCACUUGACACUACUGCUGAGCGGAUGCAGCUGACCAUUCAUUUUUGUCGUAUUUCUGCAUUUGAUGUAUGCUGUAGUUUUCUUUAUCACUUGGCACGAUAAGAAAGCCCAAAGAUGUUAUCAUGGUGCACCCGAUGUGUGAUGGAAUUCUCCUCACAUGUAACUUCUGUGUGCCAUUGUUUGUUUGCUUGUUUGUUUGUUUGUUUGUUUGAUUGAUUGAUUGAUUGCAUAUCUGAUCAAACCUAAACACAGAUAUACCUGUAGAUCUCAGGGCGGUUCACAACCUAAAAUGUUGCAUGUAAUUUGUGUUUUGUGGCUAGUGCUUUAAUGAUGGCUGUGGGAUGUGAGCGCAUUGUUCCCAUGUGGGCACCAGUGAACAUUUGAAAGCAUCUCACGCAGGUGAUGCAGCAUAUCUGUGUUCUGUUGCUACCUGUUCAGUGUAGGACUGAACCAAUAGGUUAAAAUUACAAGAAAGGGGAUUUCAGCUAGACCAAGCAUGUCCAAAGUCCGUUUCGGUGGCCUAAUCCAGCCCUUGUGGCAGUUUAUUUCCUGUUUAUAAUCUUAAAGAAGCUCAACAACUCCAACCCUAAAAAAAGCCCAACAACUUCAAUCCUAAAAAAGGUCAAUAACUUUGGUUGGCCCUUUGGUCGGCCCCCACAGCCCUUCACUUCAUCAAAUCUGGCCCUCUUUGAAAAAUGUUUGGACACCACUAAGCUAGACAUUAGGAAGGACUUCCUGAUGGCAUGAGCAUUUUACAGUGGAAUAGAUUGCCUUGGAAAAUGAUGGACUCUCUGGUUUUUUUAGUUGGCAGAUAGAUGACUAUUGUAGCAGUGGAUUUCCUGUAUUAGCAGUGGUUCGAACUAGAUGAGCUCUGAGAUCCCUUUGAACUCUGUGAUUCUGUGCUUUGAAAUGGUAUCAAUGUGUGGGCGAAUGGCAUGUCUGAGGGUUCAUUCUGCAGAUCUUGUUGUGUAGCCAUAUUGUUGACCUCCAGGAAGGCAAGUUUGGUGGGAAGAACGGCUUGUAACCUGAACAGAAUGUCCCACAGUCCCUCCGCUUUGAUUGCCUGCCCUUCCCCAGAACUUGUUAGUUUCUCUCAGAGACGGUUUGCAGUCAGCUGUGCUCUCAGUGGACUGAUCUUCUGUUCUUCCAAAUAGCUAUGGAGUUAUGAGCUGUAACAGCAUAUUUGUUUGAAAGUCAGUGUAACCAACAUCUUUUAUCAUUUGCUUGCUGUCUGUGAUGUUUCUCUUUGUUAUCAACAUUAGAUUUAGAACAGUUUUGACCCAGCUCUGUUUGAGGGCAGGUAUUGGCACACAAUAUCUUACUCAUAAUCAGCACUGUAUUUGGUACUGCUUAAUUUUAAUUUCCAUGAGAAAACAUUUUUAAUCUUCUUUGAUGUGAGCUGUGGGUACAUGCCAGCUUGUGUUUGUCUUUUAAACUCCACAUUGCAGAAGCUCAAUAAAAAUGCCUUGAUGUGCAUCUGCAUGAAAUUGCUGAGUCAAUAGCAGUACAAUCCUAGGCAUGUCUAUUCAGGAAUAAGCACCACUGACUUUAAUGGAGCUUACUUCCAGGUAAGUAUGUAGAGGGUUGCAGCAUCAUUCAAUUUACUACAAAGGUCUUUCAAUGCAACAAAGAAGGCAUUUGCACACCAGAAGCUGAACCCAAAGACCUUGAAUUUGCACUGCCUCUCAUUGUCUUUCCAAUCCUUCCCUUCUCCCUCGUAAGUACCCUUUGGCUCACACAUAAUGCUAAGCCAUGGUUUGUUAAAGUAUGGUUUAAUAGGCCAUGACUUAGUGUUAUGUGAGACUUCUGCUGGCUGGCUUAACUAUGGUUUGUUUACUGCCAAGAAACCUGAAGUGUUUGUUGUUGACUUACAAACCUUGGGUUCUAGUCAAUUAACUUUUACUCAGAGCAGACCUAUUGAAAUUAAUACUCAUUUCAAACUUUGGUACAUUGAUGUAAAUGCACCUACUCUGAGUCAAUGUUAGUGGCAUACCAGCAUUUGAUUUAACUGUGUCACAUGUGAAAUCAGCACCUUUCUUUAAUCAUGGUUUGGAUGGUCACCAAGCUGCAAAGCAAAAGUAAUUUUUUUAAAAUCUGGACUCAGCUAGUUUGGUGAAGAAAAAGUGUUUUAUAUGCGUUGUAUAUGCAAUAUAACACUGCAACACCAGAUGGCACUGUGGGGUCCUGUCUUUCUCUACCAGAUUUCCCUGUAUGACUUUACAACGUGUUUAACUCAAUCGCUUCUUUGACGUGUCUAGAUCCAGCCUCUGUGGGACAACUCAUAGUCAACACGUAGUUUGUUAAACAAACCAUGGCUUAAUGGUAUGUGCAAACUAGGUCAGUAUAGGUUUCUUCUGGCUGAGAUCUCCUUCAAGUGUAAUUUUUACUACUGUUUUUCUCUGGGGGAAAAGAUCCCAUUUCUGAAAAUGUGUACAGUGGUACCUCGGGUUAAGAACUUAAUUUGUUCCGGAGGUCGGUUCUUAACCUGAAACUGUUCUUAACCUGAGGUACCACUUUAGCUAAUGGGGCCUCCUGCUGCCACCGCGCCACCAGAGCCCGAUUUCUGUUCUCAUCCUGAAGCAAAGUUCUUAACCUGAGGUACUAUUUCUGGGUUAGUGGAGUCAGUAACCUGAAGCGGCUGUAACCUGAGAAAUGACUGUAUUUCUGGGUUAGCGGAGUCUGUAACCUGAAGCGGCUGUAACCCAAGGUACCACUGUAUCUUGUGGGCUUCAUGUCCUGCCUUCCUAUGUUCCUAUUGCCUUUAAUAAGUCCUGCUUGUGAACUUCCCAGAGGACUCUGGACUAGAUGGAUCCUUAGUUUGAUUCAGGAGGGCUCUUCUUAUUUUCUUAUGUUUGAUUUCAGAAGGUGCCACUGCUGAGCAAACAUAAAUACAGAUUUACAAUUCACACCACAAAAGGAUUAGAGAUUAGUGCACACUAAGUAUAGGUCUGACUACAACAGAGUUAAUGCCUCAAAUGUUUGCCUUCAAGUAGAACUAGCUGAGAGCUGUUCUAAGCCAUUGAUGGCGUGAACAUAUGUACGUAACAGGAGGAAACACAGGAAGCACAUGGCCGCAGACAAAUGAUCUGAAGGUACACAAUGGAGCAACCUUGCUGAAACGAAGUAGCUUUGGAUCUUUCUAAGACCUGCAUGAGAGAGUGCCUAGAAAUGCUCUGUAUAUAGAGUUAGACCUAAAAUGAUCCAUACUGAGCCACAAGGCUGUCAAGACUGUGUGACUAACUUUCCAAUGUUUGGUUUCAUUGGAUGGUUCUAGUAUUACGAGAGACGGACGGGAAUGUCUCCUGCACACCAGACAUAAUCUUCUACACCUCUAUCACCUCCCACACUUGCUCACCUUUCCCCCAUAAAUGAAGCCCCUUGCCAACUCAUAUGGUUAUUUCCCUAUCCCCUAUCAAAUUACACUAAUUUGUGUAACUAUCUGGAACAAACCUUUUCUCAUAAAAGAAAUAUUUGUCCUGCUCAGAGGUUGAUGGGUAUCACCUGAACCUUCUAGAAUUCCCAGAGAAAAAAGGCACGGAGCUGCUUGAGUCACAUGCGUUAAGAAAAUGGAGAUACUCAUUUCCAAAGGUUAGGGCAUCCCUCACAGCAGAUGUUUUACAGGUUAUUCCAGGUGCUUUCCUUGGACCAUGAUAAUGAGUUACUCAGUUAUAGGCACAAAAGCAGUCACUGUGUCAAGUUCCCUGAGAAUAACUAACUGCAUGUUCUAGCAGUUCCUGUUUCCAGCAUGUGAAACUGGUUGGUUUUAGCCUGCUUUCACUGUCAUGUUUCCUACAAUGAACAACUCUAAUAAUACACUAAAAAGGUUUGUUUUUUUAAUAUAAACUAUUAUAUGGUCAAAAUGAAACCAGAUUUUAUUUAACUGCAUUUAGGGUAUAAUCCUGCGCCUCCUGGGAAGGCGGAUAGGAUAGCCAUAGGAUAGAGCAGAUCUCCCUCACCUAGGGUUGGGGGAGAAAUCCAAUUUAAUUUCCAAUUAAAGGAGAAUCUACUUAUUUUUAUUUAAUUUUAUUUAUUAAAUUUAUAUACUGCCCUUCAUCCAAAGAUCUUGGGGGGUUCAAAAGAUAAAAAUACAAAAAUAAAAGGACAAAUAAAUAGUUAGAAUAAAAACAAAACAAUACCAACACAUUUUAGAAUAUUAAUCAGCCAAAGACCUGGUCGACAGGGGCGUACAAAGGAGUGUGUGGUGGGGGCGGUUCUCCCUGGGUGCCAGCCCAGAGGGGGGUGACAAAAUCCUCCCUGGGCUGAUCGCACUGCCACGCCGCCAUUGGCCCCCCCACUGGGAGGAUCAUGCCACUGCGCUGCGAUCGGACCCCCCCUUGGGCGUAUUGCCCCACCCCAUGGGUGGAUCGCCAUGCCCCGCUGCUCUGGGUGCAGGAGCAGCUAGCUCCACCACUACUGGCUGAAAAAGAAUGUUUUUACCUGGUGCCUAAAGAUGCAUACCAUCCAUUGGCGGGGGGGAGCGGGACAUCUGUGCACUCUUUCUGUCCCCCCCAUCCGCAUUGUCUUUCUCCCACCCCACCCUGCCCAAGCCGUAUGCUCUGUUUGCCACCACCCCAACUCCUGAUCCAUAUGCUCUUUCUCCAACCACCCCACCCAAUCCGCACAUUCUUCCCGCUGCCGAAUCUUUGUGCCACAAUGGCCUCCUCUCACCACAGCCUUACCUUGGCCGGCUCUUUCUCUGCUGCCACUGCUGCCACAUCUAGGGCCUGGCCUUCUUGUGGCCUGCUUGGCUUUUCUGCAGCCACCAGAAGAGGUGCACCUGCAUCCGGAAGUGUGCUUCCAAAUGCGCUGCACCCAGUUCUGAGAAUAUGGCGGCACAACAGCCGUGGUGGCUGCCCCAACCACUCUGGAGGAGGAGGAGGUGGUGGUGGUGAGGCAGCAAAAGCGGGAUACCAGGGUGGCUUUUGUGAAUUUGUGAUGUUCCACUUAAUUCAGGGCACUUGAGUGAUGAGAAGAUGUAUAAUGAAGGUGCCAGACAAAACUUCCUGGGGAGAGCAUUCCACAAAUGGGGAGCCACUGCAGGAAAGGCCCAUUUUCAUGUUGUCCCCGUCCAGAACUCUUGUGAAGGAGGUACACACAGAAGGACCUCAGAGGACAGUGGCUGGCUUAUAUGGGUAGAGGUGGUCCUUGAGGUAUUGCAGACCUCAGCCAUUUCCAAAACAAUAUGCAUGCCAAAACACAGCUAUCCGUUGCAGUUUGCACUUAUUGGAAUUUUGCAAUGCAGCUCUCUAGCCAAAUAAUAAUAAUAAUAAUAAUAAUAAUAAUAAAAAAAUUUAUUUAUACCCUGCCCUCCCCAGCCGAGGCCGGGCUCAGGGCGGCUAACAACCAAUAAUAAAAACGAGUUGAAUAAAUACAACUUAAAAACAAGAUUAAAAUACAACAUUAAAACAUUAAAACAGUUAAAAUGCAGCCUCAUUACAGGAGGAGAAAGGAAAAAGAAAGAGGGGGAGGGAAUCAAAUUGGCUCCAAGCCCAAGGCCAGGCGGAACAACUCUGUCUUACAGGCCCUGCGGAAAGAAAUCAGAUUCUGCAGGGCCCUGGUCUCAUGAGGCAGAGCGUUCCACCAGAUUGGGGCCAGUACUGAAAAGGCCCUGCCUCAGGUUGAGGCUAAUUUGACUUCCUUAGGGCCUGGGACCUUUAGGGUGUUGCUAUUUAUGGACCUUAAGGUCCUCUGUGGGGCAUACCGGGAGAGGCAGUCUCGUAGGUACGAGGAUCCUAGGCCGUGAUACAGUAGUACCUCGGUUUAAGAACAGCCCUGUUUACGAACUGUUCGGUUUAUGAACUCCGCAAAACUGGAAGUAGUGUCCCCGUUUGCAAACUUUACCUCGGUCUAAGAAUGGAAGCCGAACGGCGGAAGGGUACCAGCGGCGGGAGGCCUUAUUAGGGAAAGCACGCCUUGGUUUAAGAACAGUUUCGUUUUCAGAAAGGACUUCCGGAACGAAUUAAGUUCGCAAACCAAGGUACCCCUCUAAUGUGUACAAAACCUACACUGGCUCCCAUUACAUUUCUGAGCACAAUUCAGAGUGUUGGUGCUGAUCUUUUAAAGCCCUAGAUGGCCUCAACUCAGUAUACCUGAAGGAGCAUCUCCACAGGAUUUCUUUCCCUGGCAACACCUACAAGAAGGAAUGAAUACAUCACUCUGGAGCUGGCAUUAAUACUUAAGAACAUACAUACAUUAUUUUAUUUGUUUGCUGCUUUUCCACAGUCCAAACCAGUCUCAAGGCAGCUUACAACAUGAAAAAAAUAUGUAAUUGCAAACAUAACAAAAAUAGUCAUAAACAAUCAAAAAAUCAAAAAAUACAAAGUGAAACAAUUUCCACAUAAAUCAUAAUUGAAAAUAAAAAUACAAAAUAUCUAAAAUAAAUGCAAGACAUCUAAAAUAAAGUUACAAAAAUAAUAAUAAUAGCAACUACUCUCCCAAACACCCCUCCCCUUAAAAAAUAUCCCAGCUCAACAUAAGGAGAGCUGUGCUGGAUGAGGCCAAGGUCAUCCAUGUGGGCCGGCACACCCAUGAGGCAGGGUAAAGCUGCUGCCUUGGGUGGCGGAAGCCCCUUUGGUGGUGCCCCUAUGGGCGCUGUGCAUAUACUGCCGCCUCUAAGGUAAAGGUAAAGGACCCCUGGAUGGUUAAGUCCAGUCAAAGGUCCCUAAGCAGUGUGGCGCUCAUCUUGCUUUCAGGCCACAGACAGCUUUCUAUUUCAUGUGGCCAGCAUGACUCAACCACUUCUGGAGCAACGGAACACUGUGACGGAACCCAGAGCGCACAGAAAUGCCAUUUACCUUCCUGCCAUAGUGGUACCUAUUUAUCUACUUGCACUGCCAUGCUUUUGAACUACAGUCAAACCUUGGUUGUCAAAUGUAAUCCAUUCCGGAAGACCAUUCAACUUCCGAAACUUUUGGCAACCGAGGCGCAGCUUCCGAUUGGUUGCAAGAGCUUCUUGCACUCAAGCGGAAGCCACGUUGGACAUUCGAGUUCUGAGGAACGUUCGAAAACCAGAACACUUACUUCCAGGUUUCGGGAGCCGAAACAUUUGAGAACGGAGCCAUUUGGGAACCAAGGUUUGAUUGCGUUAGGUUGCCACCUUUGCCACUGGCAUAGAACUAGUGCUGGCGUUGGGGCUAGAACCUGCCAGUGUUGCUGCUUUGCAACCAAGUAAGGGAUGCUUUCGUGGGGGUGGGGUGGCACUUCCCAUUUUACCUGAUGCAUGGAAACACUGUUUACCUUCCUGCCAGAGCAGUACCUAUUUAUCUACUUGCACUUUGACAUGCUUUUGAACUGCUAGGUUGGCAGAAGCAGGGACCUAGCAACGGGAGCUCACCCCGUCCCGGGGAUUCGAACUGCCAACCUUCUGAUCGGCAAGUCCUAGGCUCUGUGGUUUAACCCACAGUGCCACCUGCGUCUCAAUGAAGUCCCAUUGAAGGUGGAACAACACAAUUGUGGCCUUGUGCUUUCCCCUUUAAUAGGAAUCAAUGGGAGGGAACUGGAACAGAGCAGAACAAGUAAACACUGGAAAAACCAUGCAGAUGCCAACUUUUGCUGUGGCAGGCUUGGAUACAGUGGUUCCUCCACCACAGAUUCUCACGGAUUGUCUUGCCAUUGUUUCUGAUGGUAGGUCGUGGGGAGGGAGUAUAGCUUAGGGACAGAUGACACGUUUAGCAUGCUAAAAAUCCUUGGUUCAAUUCCUGGCAUCUCUGGAAUGAAUGAUGAAGUCUAUCUUACUAAUGCCAUAGGGUAUGCCUGAUUUGCUGGCAAAGUUUUUAUGACAGCUUCCAGCAAAUGUAUAAAGCAGAACAGCAAGCAUUUUAAAAAUAUUGCCUAAAUAUUAGACAGGAUGAACAAUAGUGAGCAAAGAACUCUUACUAGCAUUGUCUAUGAAUUAGGGAUUACAGGAAUGUGGGAAAUUCCCUGUGGCAAUGUUGUACACGUUCUGUCUUUCUGUUCAUUAAGUAAGAAUUACACAUGACAAGUUCUCUAUUUUUAACUAUUGUCUUAACUGUGGUCAGCAAACUUCUUCUUUGACAUCCUCACAUGAUGCGCAGUCAAGCUGCUGUUGAGCCAAAUAUGCUGUAGGUAGCAAAAGACUGCUGUUCACUGAAUGGCAGCUAUUGUGGGAUAAUGUGAGGUCUUUGACUGGGCCAGCAUUUGUUGCUGCUGACACUAGCAAUGUGUAAAAACUGCCCUUAAAUUCUGUGGCUGUUCCAGCCUUUUUGCAUACUUUCAUUGCACUUUACGGAGACUUUUUAGGGGAAAUUGGUGCUUCACAAUUCAGUCACAAUGCCUUUAGAGGAUUACAUUCUUCCACAUGAAUCUAUUUACCCACUAGUUUGAGAGACCCUUCUUCAGGUGCUCCUAACUUUGGAGUUUAGGCAAGUGGCCAGCAGGGAGAGGGGGCCUCUUCGUUGGGCCUAGUGACCUUUUGGGUCACCUCCAAACAUCAGCUUUCAGCAGGGAGGGGAAAGAACUCUGAUGUUGCCCUUAUUUCCUCUGCAAGAAGAUCAAAGGGAAAUUUCUCCUCAGACCUGAGUACCUUGCAAAAAUCUGGAAAAAGUAACCCAUGCAUUUUGCAAUUGCAAUUGCAUCCCAAAAAUGACAUGCAUGUUUUCUGACGUUUGAGGCAUUUAGAUAGUUGUUAGGCAGGGUGUGCAGCUCUGAUAUUCAUUGCAUUUACCGGUAUUUGCAUUCUUAUGCUGGGAUCACUGAGUUCUUUUUGCUUUUGACACAGUCAGGAGAGAAUAAGAGUGUUGGAGAACUUUCUUUUACAACUUUGUAAAAAAACAAAAAAACACACACCACAUUUUCUCCAUAGAGAAAAUAGAAAGUGAGAAGAGUUGUAAAUAAUAAUAAUUUUUUUUAAUGAAUAUAUAUCUUUGCUGAUAUUCUAAGUAUUGGUGUUGACCUUUAAAGUCCUAAAUUGCUUCAGCUCUGUAUAUGUGAAGAAGUAUCUCCACCACCAUGGUUCAGUCCAGACACUGAGGUUCAUCUCUUCUGGAAGUUCCCUCACUGAGAGAAGUGAAGUUACAGGGAACCACACAGAGGGCCUAUUCUGUAGCUGCACCCGCCUUAUGGAAUGUCAUCCCAUCAGAUGUCAAAUAAAUAAACAAUUUUAUGACUUUCUAUAGACAUCUGAAAGCAGCCCUGUAUCCAGAAGCUUUUAAUGUUUGAUGUUUUCUUAAUCUGUUGGAAGCUGGGCGGGCUACAAAACAACUUCUUCUUCUUCUUCUUGAAAUAGCUUUGUGUGUGUUUGUGUUAAGGGUGUGUGAUUAUGAGGCAGUCUAGCCCUUUCCACUUUUGCAUCUGGUCCCAUCCACUACUGGAAGGCGGCCCCUGACAGCUUUCCACUGGAGUAAUGCAGCCCUUGGUUUGAAAAAGGUCCUCCAUCCCUACACUAUACAAUCCUGGCUCAGUUGUACAAUGCUGUUCCUACUCAUGUCCUUCCUCUCCUUCCUGCCACCUCCCAGAUACUUGUCCACAACAGCAUACUGUAUGUGUGCUUUUCACAGCAGGAGUGCAAAAUUGCAGAUAUUCAUGGCUAUCAUGUCAUGUCAUAUUAUGUCAUCAUAUGAUAUAAUGUAACUUCCCAUCAUACUAUGCCAUAUAUGACAUGACUUUUUAGAUUGCUUUGGCAAAAGUCAGUGGAAGUUAAUGGGAGGCUUUCACACAUUUUACUGGGUGUAUAAGGAGGCUUCUUUAGAUGUAGCUUUCGAGUUUGUCACUAGCUUCAUAGCAAUGUUUUAUUGCAGUUGAGCUUGAAUGGGAAAACAAAGAAAAUGGCAGCCCUAUGCCAACAGGGCAUGCAGAUAAGUGGUGGGAAAUCUGAACCAGCUGGAUCUGCCAGUUUUAAAGCUGCUUUGUGGUUAGCAGCCAGCCAGUAAUUCCCUUGGACCCUGGGUGGUUAAGCUUCCUGUUUUUAGACGCCUGUGUACCAACUGCAGGCUUUGCCUAUAUUCAGAGCAGCUCUCGUAUCUAAUUUCAUUUCGCUUUUCAAUCUUUCUAUGCAUUUCUCCUGCUCUGGAGGGUAGAACUCAAACCCAUGGCUUCAAGUUACAAGAAAGGAGAUUCUGACUAAACAUGUACGCUCCCAGUACGUUUCCGAGCACAAUUCAAAGUGUUGGUGUUGACCUUGAAAGCCCUAAACGGCCUCGGCCCAGUAUACCUGAAGGAGCGUCUCCACCCCCAUCAUUCUGCCCGGACACUGAGGUCCAGCGCCGAGGGCCUUCUGGUGGUUCCCUCAUUGCGAAAAGCAAACAUACAGGGAACCAGGCAAAGGGUCUUCUUGGUUGUGGCGCCCGCCCUGUGGAACACCCUCCCAUCAGAUGUCAAAGCGAUAAACAACUACCUGACAUUCAGAAGACAUCUGAAGGCAGCCCUAUUUAGGGAAGUUUUUAAUGUGUGACAUUUUAGUGUAUUUUUGGUCUUUGUUGGAUGCCGCCCAGAGUGGCUGGGGAAACCCAGUCAGAUGGGCGGGGUACAAAUAAUAAAUUAUUAUUAUUAUUAUUAUUAUUAUUAUUAUUAUGAUGAUGAUGAUGAAAAAACUUUCUGAGAGUGAGAGCUGUUCAACAGUGGAAUAGUCUCCCUCGGGAGGUUGUGGACCCUCCUUCCUUGGAGGUUUUUAAGCAGAGGUUGGAUGGCCAUCUGUCAGGGAUACUUUAGCUCAGAUUCCUGUAUUGAAGGGGGUUGGGCUAGAUGACCCUUGGGGUCCCUUCCAACUCUACAGUUCUUUGAGUCUAUCAGUGUGCUUCUCUGUCUCUCCAUACAGGACCACUGCUAUUACGAAGGUUACGUCCAAAAUGAUACUGACUCUACAGCAAGCAUCAGUGCAUGUCGUGGGUUGAGGUAAGAUGGGUCAUUGCCAUUUCUUGACAUUGUUUUUGUUUAUACUCUGAUAACUCUUUGGGGUGGAAUCAGAGGGGGGGAUGAUUUCUUCAGGAAUGCCUUGUUGGGUGGAACAUGGUAGCUACUUUCUACCAGGUCAGAUGAUUUGUCCAUCUAGUCCAAUAUUGUCUGCUCCAACUGGCAGCUGCAGUUGGAGAGGUUUUCCCCAAUUCUUUCAAAACUGGAAAUGCAAAGGAUUGAACCCGAGACCUUCUGCUUGCUAUGGUCCUUCCCAACCACAAUGGCAAUUAAAUGUAGAUAUAGAAGAGCAUAGGAACCUGCCUUCUUCCAGGCUGGUAGAAGCCCAAUAUUCUCUAUGCUGACCGGCAACAGCAGAAUUAUUUCCUCUCACCUGUUACCUGAUCUUUCCUUAACUGGACAAGCCAGUGAUUGAACCUGGGCCCUUCUCUGUGCCCUGCCACUCUUAGAUGAGUCUAUGUGUAUUUUCCAGAUCUUCUAUCUCUGAGUUGUGAUAUUAUCCAUGGUUUGAACCAGGAACCUCAUGCUCUCAGGUGGGGAUUUAGCCCCAUGAGUUACCCAGGACUGCUGUUUGUUCUUGGUUCCCAGGUCCAUUUUUAUGCAAGGGAAGGUUGCACAACAGCCACUUCUCAAAGCUGUGGACUGGUAUGAUAUAAAUAUUAGGAAUGUGGACACCUUAAGAACAUAAGAGGAGCCCUGUUGGAUCAGACUGAAGGUUGAUCUAGUCCAGCAUUCUGUCCAUGCAACAGUGAUCAACCAGUUGCCUCUUGGGAUUUGAACACAAUAGGACUCUUCCUGUAGCAUGGCUAUCAAAGCAAUAUUCGUAACUUGCAGGGAUGCUAGGUUGGUUAGGAGAGGCAUGUACUUCAACUCUGAAUUGUGACCUCACCCCCAUAAGGCCUGAUGCGACACCAGCCUGACUUGGAUGUUGCAGGAGAAACGGGGUGCAUGUACACCAUACAUUUAAAGCUCAUGGCACAUGUAUGGCAUAUAUGCAACCUUAAUCAGGCAAUCUGAGUGAAGGAAUUGUGAUCCUUAUUUCAAUUCUGGUCUUGGAAAUAAGUAACAGUUUAUGCAUUCCUGCAUAAAACUGUUGAUUUGGUAGGUAUAACGUUGGGUGCAGAAAGCUAGAGCAGGAGAGAUGUGAGGAAAUACAGGAAAAUAAGAUCCAAUGUGGUUUCAAGGGGAAUUUAGAGUAGAGGAAACGGCUUAGUAGUUGAUCUUCAUCAACUUAUUUUGAAGCGGUCUUCUCAUGUUUUCCAGAGGGUAUUUCAAGAGUGGUGGUGAGAGGUAUCUUAUCGAACCUCUGAAGCUCUCAGACAGUGAAGCACAUGCAGUCUUCAAAUAUGAUAGCCUAGAAAAGGAUGAGACCCCCAAGGUCUGUGGGGUAACCAACACUACUUGGCAAUCAGAAAACCCCACCAGAAAGACCUCCAGGAUGAGCACAAGCGCAGAAGUAAGUGGGGCAUAGUGGAUGGACAGUGGGUUGCAUUCAUUCCCAACAUUUUAAAUUGCACUGUUUGUUUUCAAAUGAGUGAAUAACUGCAAAUGUAUUUAAAUUUAGUACAUUAAUAAUUGAUUCAUGUUAAAAAACCAGAUUACUAUCCCAUCCGCUCUUACAAAAUCUUAAAUCAGCUGCUAGGCUUAGAAAUAGUCAGGUGUUUUUGCCCAAGAGAGGAGUGUGGGAGAAAAGCUUGGUUAAGAAUAAAUAAUGCAAUAAAUAAAUAAAUAAAUAAAUAAAUAAAUUCUCUCUUGAUUUAUUUCUGGAAGUCUGGCUUGAUGAUGGCAAUUAAAUUCCAUUGGUGUUUGAAAGAAAAGAAACCUAGUUUUUAUUUGAAAGUUUGUCACAUGCGAACCAGAUGACAAUUUUGCAGAGCUGGCAGAAAAAGUGUCAUUGACAUAUGAUGGCAAACACUGACAUGUUCAGUGCUGUUGAGGCUGGAAAUUGGGAGAAAGGGCUAAGAGACAAUUAAUACUUGCAUAGUGACUUGUGCAAAUUAAAUUCAUAGUUCUGCUUCUACAAAUAUUAGCCUGACCACAAAUGCAAGAUAAUGUGCAAUGUAGAGCUCAGACCAAAAUUGAGCUAAGCCAUACUACUUGGAUGUGGAAUGAUAUUGAGAUGUAAGUUUCAUUUGUAUAGUUUUACAUAUUUUCUGCUACUGUGUUGAGAUGGGUAUGUUCUCCUCAGAUCACCUUACAUUAUUUCAGAAAUUAUCUGAGCUUUUGUAAAAACAAUAUAUAUAUAUAUAUGGGUAGCCACUGUUUCUGUCCAGUAAUUCAUUUCAUAAUGCAAGUCCUGAAAAAUGGAAUCUUUACAUUCUGUACAUUCAAAGAUUUUAACAAGCUCUCUAACCUUAUAAAUGUCUUAUCACACACAGCCAGCAUUACCCAAGGUUUAUGUGCUUUAACCAAGCUAUAAAACAGCAAUCCUUAGUUUAUCAGACGAUCCAAUGUUCCUGUGAACCAGGGCUAUAUAAUGGGCAGCCAGACCCAAAAUAGGCAGCUGAAGGGAGAUCAGAAAUAACAUUUAGGCAGUUAAAAAAUCCAAGUCAUGCAAAAGUUAAAUUAUGUUAGGUGAUCUAAAAAGUGAGUGAUGACCAUGUAAAAGAGUAAAUUAAAUGGUCCAAGCUCCCCUACAAUCCCAGACCUUCAUCAAUCAUACACAUUUUUCUUCCUCCCAAAUACACUUCCCAUAAACACGAUUGCUACUCUUUACUAAGUAGUCACCAAUGUUUCUAAGAUGACGCAAAAAUGAUUUUAGAACUUGGAGACCCCUUUCCCAACAAGGCAUGCGAAGUUGUGAUGGUGAUUCCAGAAACAGCCAAUAUGAUGUUCUUCACAGGGACUUUAUAAGUGAAAUAUUUUAAAAAAGAGAACUCUACCAUUUAGAUUUAUGUAUAACUGUACAGUGGUGCCUCGCAAGACGAAAUUAAUUCGUUCCGCGAGUUUUGUCAUCUUGCAAUUUUUUUCGUCUUGCGAAGCACGGUGUCGGGAAAGUUUUGGAAAAGCUUCAAAAAUCACCAAAGUCUUUAAAAACCUCUAAAAAGGCUACCACACCGCGUUCUAUGAGUUGCUCCUCGAAGUCAAGUCGCAACUGUAUUACCGGUGUUAAGAAAAAGGAAACAAACUUGCAAGACGUUUCCGUCUUGCAAAGCAAGCCCAUAGGGAAAAUCGUCUUGCGAAGCAGCUCAAAAAACAAAAAACCCUUUCGUCUAGUGAGUUUUUUGUCUUGCGAGGCAUUCGUCUUGCAAGGUACCACUGUAAUGGGAAUCAGCCACAUAUUGACCUCAAAGUGGUACUUAGAAAGUUAGUAUUCACAACCCUCCCAAGACUCUCUUCACUCUUGAUGUCAAAUUCUCAGUUCUGAGGAUUUUCUGAGCAAGAAACCAUGUAUGCACACAUACACAAAAACAGGCUGGUGUGUUGUAGUGAUGCAUGCACUGAAAGUGAAUUAUAAUCAUAUUCCACUGGGCACUUCAACAUUUUCCUUUUAUAAUAAUAAUAAUUUAUUAUUUAUACCCUGCCCAUCUGGCUGGGUUUCCCCAGCCACUCUGGGGAAAACCCUUUUAAACAACCCUGCCGUGAACUUUGUGUGGAAACUCUGACCAAUCUCAACUUUCUUGUUCCAUUUAGAAGCAGGCAUACCUGAAGGCCAGGAAAUAUGUUGAACUUUACAUAGCUGUAGACUACACAGUGGUAAGUAUCCCAAGGAAUGCUUUUCUCCUUAGUUCUUUUGAAGCAUUCGCUUUACAGUAAGCUUACCGGAUUUUUUUCAAUGAAUCCGGGGACACUUUUCAACUUCCUUCUAAAUAGAUGGAUUUUGUCAGGGGAGUGAUUUGUAAAUCCGGGGACUGUUCCCGGGAAACGGGGACACCUGGUAACCUUACUUUACAGGGGGAGCACUGCAGUAUGUGAACUGCCCUGUUAGACCAGACCAAAGCGCAAGGUUCCCUCUAGUCUUGCAUUUGCUGUUUCCAGUUUCCAGUCGAAUAUCUCUGAGAAGCUCACAAGGAGGGCAUGAAGGUGAUGGCCUUCUAUUGUUAUUUGCCCACAGCUUCUUAUAUUCAGAUGUAUAUUUCUUCUCAACAUGGAGAAUACAUUUAGCUAUAAUGCAUAAUAGUCAUUGAUUGAACCAGUUUUCCAUCUUUUUCCUCAGUGGUAGCAAACUCCAUAAGAUAAACCCUAUUUUGCUAUUCUUUGCUCCUGCUUGCUCCUACUUGAGGUUGUGCUCAACCCCCUUAUGUGUACACAAACAGUGUUAACUUCUGAAAUAAUAAUAUCAAAGGAGGUAGUGGAAGGUCUCUCCAAUUACAGAUUUGGUGUUCUGCUAACGCUUUUACAAAAGGGAACAGCUGGUCUUGUGAAAAAUUAGAGGAAAUUGAUAUUGUGCUGAUGUCAUUUAAUGAUGCCAUUUGUUGUUACUUCCUUCUAACCACGGUGACACCAUUUCACUACCAUAUGUAGCUACAGCCUUGGAGGUGAUGCUUCCUGCAAGAAUGUAAAAAAGUCAUUUGAAUGAACAAAGUUUACUGUGUUUCCAGUCUACUGUAAAGUCACUGCACAAUUUCCCAUAUUUAAUGAGAAGCAGCUGACCGCAAUUACUGAGAAGCAGCUAACCUCAUCAGUUUCAUUAUCAUUCAAUGAGUUUUCAGUGAAAUCCAGAACCUAAUAAGGAAGAUGCAAACCUGAUCUUUGUCCUGCAAAUAUUUAUCUGCAUGUUACUGGGGACAGUAGGCGCAGCCACACUAUGCAUUACCAUAUGUAGCUACAGCCUUGGAGGUGAUGCUUCUUGCAAGAAUGUAAAAAAGUAAUUUGAAUGAACAAAGUUUACUGUGUUUCCAGUCUACUGUAAAGUCACUGCACAAUUUCCCAUAUUUAGUGAGAAGCAGCUGACCGCAAUUACUGAGAAGCAGCUAACCUCAUCAGUUUCAUUAUCAUUCAAUGAGUUUUCAGUGAAAUCCAGAACUUAAUAAGGAAGAUGCAAACCUGAUCUUUGUCCUGCAAAUAUUUAUCUGCAUGUUACUGGGGACAGUAGGCGCAGCCACACUAUGCAUUCAAUUUAAUUUAAACCAGUUUCGAACAUCUUUAAUUUCCCUGAGCUGGAGAUCAUUAGUAGUUGGGAGGAAGGGUGAGAUAUUAGAUAGAUAGAUAGAUAGAUAGAUAGAUAGAUAGAUAGAUAGAUGAUAGGCAAUAUGGAAAAUUUUUAUUUUUUUAACCCAAGGGGAUUUUUAAAUUUACAUAAUUUGGGGAACUUUAAAGUUUAAAGUAAUACCUUGCAUUUCAUGUUUUUGUUCAACAAAUUCUUGAAAUGUAUUGGGGUUUGUUUGUUUUUUAAUGUGCAUGUAAGUGACAUUGCAAUGGUCAUUAGCUAUACACAAGAAAAACCUGACCUACAGACUGACAGAUAAAGGAAUUUUUGUCCUUUGUAUAAGGUACCACAGAAUGCCAAUUUCACAGAAAAAACAACAGUGAACUCCCGCCCCAGAUUACAUAGAAUCAUAGAAUUGUAGUGUUGGAAGGGACCACGUGGGCAAAUCUAGUCCAACCCUCUGCAAUGCAGGGAUCUUUUGCCUGACAUGGGGCUUGAACCCAUGACAUUGGAAUCUCAUAAGUUAAGAAUCCUAAUACAUAGACAUCAAGAAAAGGUAACUAGUGCUUUUUUUCUUGGGGGAUACAGGGAUUCGCACACCCCUAAACAUUUUGUGAAUCUAAGUUUGGCCUCAUUGAGGGGCAGUAUUUCAAUACAAGUAGGAAAAUGAGAGCACCCCUAAACAUUUUUUUUACAAAAAAAGCACUGAAGGUAACUAACACCUCCCCAAAAGAGGCAUCCCCAAGGAACUAAAAAAAUUGGGAGGGGCCCUGAUGGGCUUCAAGGGGGGUGUUUGAGAGUGCUCUUGUGCCCACAGGUGCCAUGUUGGGGACCCAGGUGUAGGAGGUGAGCUUGUAAGAAUCCACUAUGAAGAACUUGUCAUAGGUUGUAAGUUGUCAAAAAAGCAUUUUCUUCCUAUAUGUAGGUUCACAGAUUCUUUUGCUACGGCAAGGAUGAGUUAAAUGCCUUCCUCUUUCCCUGUAACCCAGGCAUCCCCAACCUGCGGCCCUCCAAAUGUUUUGGACUACAACUCCCAUGAUCCCUACCUAACAGGACCCAUGGUCAGGGAUGAUGGGAAUUACCCCACUCUGCUCAAUCUGCUAUUAAUACUUUCAUCUUUUUCUUUUUGCAGUUCAGGAAGUACAGCCGCAAUAUGACUGGUAUUAGGACAAGAGUAUUUGAAAUAGUCAAUUACAUAAACAUGGUAAGAUAUAAUGGCAAUGACCCUGAGUGAACAAUAGUGAGGCGUAGAUAUGUUUUUAAAUGUUUUAAAACAUAUGUUUUUAACCAUAUGUUUUAAUAUGGUUAGAUUGGUCUCAACUAGGGCCAGGGCCUUUUCAAUACUGGCCCCGACGUGGUGGAAUGCUCUGUCACAAGAGACUAGGGUUCUGCGGGACUUGACAUCUUUCCGCAGGGCCUGCAAGACAGAGCUGUUCUGCCUGGCCUUUGGUUUGGACUCAGUCUGACCCUUAUGUUGCCCUCCCCUUAUGGUCUUGAUUUAUUGGCUACUUUUAAAAGGAGGCUGCAUUUUAAAUUGCAUUUUAACCUGUAUUUUAAAUUAGGUUUUUUCCCUCCCCCCUAUUAUGUUUUUACUGUGAUUUUAUUGGUGUUAGCCACCCUGAGCCUGGCUCUGGCCGGGGAAAGCGGGGUAUAAAUAAAAAUUAUUAUUAUUAUUAUUAUUAGUCUGCAUUAAAUUAGCAAUGGUCAGAAUCCUCUUAGCUUGUUUCUCUCUGAUUUUUGCAAUUAGUGUUCAAAAACUGGGCAUUUAAAAUUAGAAGAACAUUUCAAAUUUCUAUACAAGUCACUCAGUUAUUUAGUGGAAGUUUCUCUCUUAUUCAACAGACUUUUCAUCGCAUGAACCUCAACACUUCUUUUAGGUGCAUGUGAAGAAAUCUUGUUUUACACUCUGAGCUGACAAAAUGAUGUUUGAUUUGAAUGCAACUCAGCAUUACUAGAUGAACAAUUUUUGUAUUCCUGACCAGGUAGUUUUAGAGCACAGCAACAUCACUUAUUACAGAGAUGGCCACCUUUUGUAUUCUUAGGAAAGAAGUGCAGGGCCUAGAAGUAUAUUUAGGAAUGGGGAGAAAUAAAAUUCAGUUCGCAUUUAAAGUGAAACCUUCCUAGCAAUUACAAUAUGUGAACCAAAAUGUAGCCAUCUUUCAAAAUUCAUACUUCAGGUUUUGCAGUGCUGUUCUCCAGCCAAGGAAUGUGUAUAGAAAUGCACAUGUACAUUAAAGUGUACAUUCAAAUGCAAAGAGCAGUGAACACAACAUACAAUAAUGCAUUAUAUUAGGGAAAAUUGCAUUGGGAAAAUGAGUACAUUAGGCAAAAUUGCAGACAAACUUUAUGUAUAUUCGGAAGAAUUUGCAGUAAAAUGCUGAUGAAUUCAGAAACUGAUAUGGAAAUGCGGUUAAAUGAAUUUAAGAUUGGAUAAUGAGAAACCGAGAGAAGCUGAAACUGACAGAUUUGCAGAUCCCUAAUUUUAAUGCCCUCACAAGUCCAUAAAACAUUUGGGAGUAGGGGUUGCCCACAUGUGUUCUUCACUGUAAUGUUAUUUAGAAAUAUGCAUGCUUAUAUUUUGAAAAAAAUGUUUAUAUUUCACAUGCAUGUUACAAUAUCUGAAAAUGUCAUGCAACAUGAAGUGUGAAUUAUCCUUGUUGCCUACGAACUAUAAUAAUUCUUUGCAUUUGUUAAAAAACCCACAACUUGACUGAAAGUUGGUUGUGGUACCUACAUCUUUGCACACUGUUGUUUCAUGCUGCUUGUUUGUGAUUUUGUUGUUGUUGUUUUGUGCUUUUGUUUGGGGCUUUCAAUGGAAAUUUUAUUUGGUUUCAGGAGUCUGGAAGCAUUUGUUGAUUAACCCUUUCUCUCCCCUUCUCAGCCCAGCCCAAUCCUCCCCACAAAAAACCAUGGCUGCUUUUAAAGAAAAAAAUACACAAAGAGAUAAGAACCUUGGGCUUGCCUCCAACUAAAUCCUACAAUGAGUAGACACACUUGAAUGAAUGACCAUAACUUAAGCAAUUUUCAUCAACUUAAGUGGGUCUACUCUAAGUAGGACUAGUAUUGGAUACAAUCCUGGAACUUUCGUAUUUCUUUUAAUGUUGUCCUAACACCCUGGUUAGAAACGCGGGUGGUGCUGUGGGUUAAACCUAGGACUUGCCAAUCAGAAGGUUGGCAGUUUGAAUCCCCAUGACGGGGUGAGCUCCCGUUGCUCAGUCCCAGCUCCUGCCAACCUAGCAAUUUGAAAGCACAUCAAAGUGCAAGUAGAUAAAUAGGUCCAGCGGGAAGGUAAACGGCGUUUCCGUGCUUCUCUGGUUUGCCAGAAGCGGCUUAGUCAUGUUGGCCACAUGACCUAGAAGCUGUACACCGGCUCCCUCGGCCAGUAAAGCGAGAUGAGCGCCGCAACCCCAGAGUCGGCCACGACUGGACCUCAUGGUCAGGGGUCCCUUUACCUUACUAACACCCUGGUUUCAAAGUAUAUAUACAAUUUAAUCUGCUCCAAGUUGGGGUGAGGAGUAUAAAAUCCAUCAUCACCUUUUCCCUAAGGUAUUUCUUAAGGUAUUUUUGUGUGUUCCCUGAUUACAGUUUGUUCUCCUCAUAGGUUUACAAAGCUAUAAACGUUCAUGUAGCAUUGAUUGGCCUAGAAGUUUGGUCUGAUGGGGAUAAGAUUGAUGUGAAUGAAUCUGCGGGCAGCACUUUAGACCGGUUCUCAGCAUGGAGGCAGGCCGUUCUGUUGAAGCGGAAAAGGAACGAUAACGCUCAGCUUCUCACGUAUGUAUCCCUGUGGCAAAAGGUUGUGGGCAGAGGUGGAGUACCUUUAGUGAGCCAUAUGUUUCCAAAGUUUCAAAAAUACUUCCCCGAAUGCUGUCAAGAGUGGUGGGGGUACCGUUGCCCCCAAAUGGCCUCCUCAGUUUUUCACCAGCCCUUUUCUUCUGGGUGUCAUUGACAUGGUACUGGAGUGGGGGGGGUGAGGGGGGAUGGUACACCAUAUUUUCUGCAACAUUUGAACUUUUGGCUAAAUUUGUGGGAGGGUUCAAAUAACCUCUACCAUUUUCAGGGUGCAGGAUGAAAAACGGGGUUCUGGCAAAACUCAUUGAUCCCUACUUUUCUUGCAUGUGCCUUAGUUCUGAGACAGGUUGCAGCUGAAAUAUUAAUAGUCUACAACUCCAUUGGGAAGAAUUGCCAAAGGCUUAUUUGCCAAAUGCAGCAAUAGAUUCUAUGAAUGAUAGAACAAUGGAGUCUUUCUGAAUGAGAUCUCACAGUCUGUUCUCUAUCCCUCCUUUCUUUCAGAGGAAUUGACUUCAGUGGACCAACAGUAGGACUGGCCUAUGUUGGAACCAUGUGCAACCCUGCUCAUUCCUUGGGAGUUGUUCAGGUUUGUGAAAUUAGAUAGGAGGAGGAGGGAAGAACAUUGGGUUGCAGGCAAGGAAGGCUUAUAAAAUGGCAUUUCCUUACUACAAACAUAAACCAACUUAUCGGCUGUGGCUUCCUCAUCCUGGGAACUAAGUUUUGCAUGUGGCUGAGUCUUAGGAAUUUGUUGUUGUGCAUGGCUGAGUUGGCUUAGAGUGAGAGCAGACUUUGCUCAUUCUGUUCUGGGAUGCUUGAGGAACUCAAUUCCUGUGAAUUCCAAAGUGAACAGACCGAAUCCACACACCCCGUGUUAAUUGGAAUGUAAUUAUUCUGUUUUCACAUUUCACUGAUUUUUGAAACACACAUCUCCGCUCAAAAAAUAUGCCCAAAUGCUUUAAAAUGUGUAUUUAGGAUAAACCACACAUAGGCCAGCGACGUGGGUGGUGCUGUGGUCUAUGUGGGAAUGUUCUGGGGUGCAGGAGAGGAUAUAUUGACUAAUUAUAUCCUUAUCCAACUUGUGCUAACAAGUUCCCAAAAUAUCAGCAGAGUUUAUAAACAUUCCCCUUUAAGUUCACAACGGUAACGUGUGCACAGGUUCGCUAGAACCUCUAUAAUAAUUACUCUGGUAAUUUCCCCUUUUGUUCCCUCUUAAAAUGCAAGACACAACACAGUCUUUAUAAAAGUAUAAAAGAGUUUACUCACGUUCUGUUCACAACAUGAUCCCAGAAGGCAGACAGCUUAAAAAGGUUACAUACAUUCAGAAUCUAUCUUGUAGCAAGAUAGUCCUUAUCUCCUCUCUUGGCUGAGAGCCAAGAGAGCAUCUUUAGAUGCUUCCUCAUUGAAGGAAAAUGGCAGAGAGAGAGAGAUGGCUGCCUGCCCUGUGCUUUUAUCAUUUACCUGCACAGGUGAGGCCACACCCACCUCUGGUCACAUGCGGAGGAAGUCCAUCCCCAGGAAGUUUACCUGCUUGCUGGACUGACAUCCCUCCCCAUGUUAUAACAUGUACACUCUAGGAAUGUUGUCAUUGACUGCUCCUGUGUUUACAUCCCACAGUCUAAACCACAGAGCCUAGGGCUUGCCGAUCAGAAGGUCAGCAGUUCGAAUCCCCGCGACGGGGUGAGCUCCCGUUGUUUGGUCCCUGCUCCUGCCAACCUAGCAGUUCAAAAGCAUGUCAAAAGUGCAAGUAGAUAAAUAGGUACUGCUCCGGCAGGAAGGUAAAUGUCUGGAUGGUUUAUGACCCUAUCUCAGCAUGGCAAAUAGAGAAAGUUGCACAAUGUCAAACAAAGCCUUAACCGUGAAAAAUAAAAUUAACAUUGACCCUUAAAGCAGCACAAUUAACGAGGGACACACACACACACAAAACAUUCUGUAUUUUGUUUUCAUUUGUAAUGUAACAAAUAGUGUGGAAUACAAAUGUGUUAUUGUAUUGUGGCGAUUUGAAGGACUUAUGGUGCUCCAGAACAUACACAACUCAGCCCAGGCUGUUAAUUUGUCACAGAACAAGAUCUCAUUGGGUGUGUGUGCCACUGGGUGUGACGGGAGUCAUGCUAUUGUGCUAUCCUUCCUCUCUGCAUUCCCCCACUCACUGCUUUCACUAGGCUGAGGUGGUCAAGGUUGGGAACUGGUGGCCCUCCAACUGUGUAUCUAGUUUUACCAAUUUAUGCAUCACGGCGCUGUGGUCUAAACUAAGCCCUACUCAAGCGACGCAGGUGGCACUGUGGUCUAAACCAUUGAGCCUUGGGCUUGCCGACCGGAAGGUCGGUGGUUCAAAUCCCCGCAACGGAGUGAGCUCCCGUUGUUCGGUCCCAGCUCCUGCCAACCUAGCAGUUCAAAAGCACGUCAAAGUGCAAUUAGAUAAAUAGGUACCGCUCCAGAAGGGAAGGCAAACGGCGUUUCCGUGCGCUGCUCUGGUAUGCCAGAAGCGGCUUAGUCAUGAUGGCCACAUGACCCAGAAGCAGUUCUGCAGAGUCAUUCACGACUUUCCUUUGCACAUAUACAUGUGUAAAUCUACAGUUACUGUUGCUCCAGAGCAGGGUUAGCCCAUAUGGCCAUGCUGGCUAGGAUGGAUGGGAGCUGGAGCCUAACCACAUAGGGAAGUUACCACAUUGACUCCCCCUACUCCAGAAAAAAAAAACAGAACUAGAUCUAAUGUGUGGAAGUUGCAAGGGAGCAGAUUUUGGAUAAGUGUUAGUAGAAGGAAUGGCAACUGCUGUUUGACAGUGGAACAGGCUUUCCAGAGAGCUGGUGAGUUCAACUUUGCUGGAGGUAAUUACACAGAGGCUGGAAAAGGGGUUGGACUUGAUGACCUCAGGGAUCCUUUCUACCUCUAAAAUUGAACGAUGUAGGCUGCCUCGAACUCUGUGGAAGGAAUGACCAAUGACAGCAGCUGUGGGGUGCUUGGAAACUUGUUCCACUUUGCAACCCGAGGCAGGGAGCAACAAAGAGGUUUCUCCUCGAGCCUUUGGUGGGUCACCACAUGUAGCUGUUAGGCUGUGUCAGCCUUGGAAGACGCUCACUAAUUCUGGAGGCCUAGAUCUUGCUGAAAUAUCCUGGGAAGGAAACAGAAACACAACCAGCCUCCACACAUGCUGUUGGAGCAUGCCAUGCAUGCUGUUAGAUUAUUAAUUUCAUUUACUUUUCCCCUUUGACUAAACACUUUGGCCUGCCAGAAAGCAAUGUAAAUUGGAAACAGAACAUAUGAAUAAAAGAAGCUACUCAGAAGCAGCUCGCUUGGCGGGGCAGAACCACAACCCCAGCUUCUUGGUGACACCAUUACUGCUGCUUCCCUAGAGGGAGGGGGGAACCCUGGUGAAGCUGAUCUGGUACACCAGAUAAUUUGGGCAGCCUUCUAGGGGGAUGGGGAGGGAUCGCAAAAGUGGGUGGAGCAACAAAUAUAAAUUUUUAUCUUUGGAUAGUGGGCUAGUUUCCACAUAUACUCACUUCUGCACAGAUCUAUACAUUAAGUAGCCCUCUCCACCCAUAUCUAGACAAGCAAGAGACAUUAACAAAGAUCAAGGACAGGUUGUAGCCAAGCAAAAGCACUCAGCUUUCUUCCAGCUGGAGCUCACCGCAACUCAGUUCCGGCACCUCUCAGGUGGGCCCCAUUGCCAUUCUAAAAGAACAAAGAUGGUGUUCGUGGUCAGUUCUGGUACCUCUUUUUCUUGAAAAAUAGUACUGCAAUGAGGGUGCAAAGCAGGGCCAGUCACGGGCAUGGCCUGGGGGGGGGGCAUGUGGCCUGAGAAGAUAGAGAGGUCUGGGAGGCUGAGUUUGAACCCUGGGCCUGAUGUUCCCCAUCCCUUAUCCACUGAGUAGCUGUAGGUCUGUCUAGUUCAGUAUGGUCUACGUUGACUGGCAGCAGCUGUCCAGAGUUUCGGAGAGGGGGCUUAUCUCCAGCCCUGUCUGGAGAUGCCAGGGAUGGAACGUGGAACUUUGCCCACGCAGAGCAUCUGCCCUCCAAGCAAGUUGCAGCCCUUUCAAAAAACGCUCUUGCAUGUGAUGCAUAAAGAGAGAAUAGAGCUGAGCAGAAAUGCUUCCCCCCAAAUUUGCUUUUACAUUCAGAAGUGGCCAUUUGGGGGGGGGGGGUUCAGAAACUGUUUUUCUGAAAUAUUUUACUGGACUGGUGGCAGCUGCUACCUCCCCUCUGUGCUCCCCUCUGUAGACCCUCUCCCUCGGCCACUAAAGUGAGAUGAGCGCCACAACCCCAGAGUCGGCCACGACUGGACCUAAUGGUCAGGGGUACUUUUACCUUUACCUUUAACUUAGGCCCCUUAAUUUUUUGGCAACAAUUCCAUUUUUUUUUAAGAAGUGAAAAAAUAGCUGCUAUUAACAAACAACAGACCCUUGAAAAUGACUAGAUUUUCCUCCCCUCCCUCCACCCACCUCCCAAGCCUAAUAUUCACUCCAAAUUUCAUUGAGCUUUUCCAUGCAAUGCUAAUAGCCACCAUCAUCUUCUGUUUCCUGGAAGACUAACAAUAGGUUAACUAUUCUCCCUUCUGCAGGAUCACAACCCAAACCCAAUUGCUAUUGGUGCAACCAUGGCCCAUGAAAUGGGGCAUAACUUUGGCAUGAAUCACGAUGCAAGUUUCUGUAAGUGCAGUUCUGGAUCAUGCAUCAUGGCAGCGCAGCUCAGGUGAGUCCCCUGUACCUGCCAGAGGAGUCUGGCAAAACCUGUGGUUGCUUUUGAAUGCAAUUGCUGCUAAACAGUUUUGAAUUAAUAAUUCAGCUGUGUUGCAUGGGACUGUUGCCAGGAUGGUGCAGUUUUCUGAAAACUCUGCUGGAGAGCAAAAGUGCUUAACCCAUUGUCUGCUGAAAGUAGCACCUGCUUCUUUGUUAGCAGAGGAGAGAUUUAGUUAAACUGGGCAUAAAAACUGGGUUUUCUUACAGCCAAGUGGUAUAUAAAUUUUGUUAAAUAAAUACAAUUAGAGAGAGCAAUCUUGAACUGAGAAAUGGUGGGAGUAGAAAGGGUUAAGCAGCCCACUCCACAUGUUUCUUCCACUUAAAGUGGCAGCACUUUGCAGCUGCUUUUCAUUUUUUAAGAAAGUUGAGAGACUGUUAAUGCAUUCCUGACUAGUUCCUCUACCAGUCAAAUCAAUUGAUCACAGAAUUUUGUUUGCUGGCUGAUUGAUGUUGUUGUUUUGCUUAGGCUCGGAAAUAGGUCUUGCUAGACAUGGCUCUAUUGCAGACUUCUGCUGUCUUUUGUGUAAGCCUCUUGCAGCCUUGAUAGAGCAUGCAGUUGUUUGGGAAGCUUCUGUACUUGCUGCAAAAAGCCCAGGGUGCUCCUUCCUCAUGUUCAGGGAGUUAUUUAAUGGAAUUUGUGCAUCAUAUGCAGUUUUAAUAUGUGAAAGGAUUUCUUUGGUGUUUCACACAGAAGCACUUGCUUCAAGAAUGUCUGCUUUUCCCCAACAAGCAAGUGCUGAGGUUUCUGGCUCAACUUUGUUAUGACCUUAACAGAAAACCACGUCUGGUUGUGAGUGGUUUUCAGUAGAUCCCCUUUUGCUCUCAUGAUGUGACUUGGUGACUAUUCCUCUCCCCCUCCCUCCCUUAAUAUGUGCUUUCCGAAACAAUAGAAACAUCCUUUGAUAUUUUCACUCCUCUGAAUUCAGCCAGGCCAUUCUCAAGCCAAGCAAUGUGUAUAAAAAUGCGUAUGCUAGUGUAAAAUCUGCACAAAAAUGCUUAUAUUGGCAAAAAUGACAUACAAAAAUGUAUAUAAACCUGAGAAAUUCACACUAAAAUGCUGAUGAGUUUUCAUGAGGACCUUUAACAUUAAAAAAAUGACAAAAUGAUGGUAAAAUGUGGAAAACUGAACUUAAGAUAGGAGGAAAAUGAGAAACUGAAAGAAACAAAAAAUGACAGAUUGGUCCAUCCCUAAUCUCUAUUUAAGUGUUCCUUUAAACCUAAGCAAAUUGUUUCACAAUAGGGCCAAAUGACACAUUACACUGGAACUGUGUGCAUGAUUUUUUUUUAUUUCUGCAAAUGCAGCCAUGAGGUACAAUUUGGAUCGAGGCCAUGCAUGGGAGGUUUAGCAUGGACCCAAAUCAAUUCCUUGGAGCUUUUCUUAGCCAUGGAGAGGGAAAGCAGAAAACUUAUAUUUUAAAGCCAACACAUCUUCCCCUUCAAAGCUAAUAGCAGGUCUGGAGGAGCAAUCUGUAUCGGGGUCAUGAUAUUUCAGAGAAGAGUUAGAUCGCUCUUCCUCUAGCCAUGGCCCUGAUAAAAAACAACAGCUUUUAAAAAAAAGAAAAUUACAUAUGGAAUUCCAAACACAGAGCUUUAAUGUAACACAUAGCUUGGCUGCUAGUUUGACCAGAAUAAAGCUUUUUCAGAUGAAGUGACUGAAUAAUAUUUAUUUAUUUAUUUAUUUAUUUAUUUAUUUAUUUAUACCCCACCCAUCUGGCUGGGUUUCCCCAGCCACUCUGGGCAGCUUCCAGAAAAAUAUUAAAAUACAAUAAGGACUAAAUAUUGACAUUACAUAUAAACCCCUUAGCAGUUUGGGACCAGUUUACUUGUAGGAUCACCUUAUCUCAUAUAUGCCCAAUUGACUGCUUAGAUCUGCUGAACUGGCACUGUUACAAGUAACUAGGACCUUUUUUUCAGCCAAAACUCACCGGAACUGAGUUCCUGCACCUCUUAGGUGGGCACCAUUGCCAUUCUAAGAGAAUAAGGGAGGUGUUCAUGGCUUCUUUUUCUAGAAAAAUAGUACUGCAGAUAACACUCAUUCUAUACUUGAAAGAAAUCAGCCUUUUAAUGUGGCAGGACCUACACUUUGGAACUCCUUGCCUGUUGACAUCAGACGCCUGCUUAAAACAUUUGUUUAAGGCAAGCCUAUCCAGAAGUAUCUUGCCAACCUAGCAGUUCAAAAGCACGUCAAAGUGCAAGUAGAUAAAUAGGUACCGCUCCGGCGGGAAGGUAAAUGGCAUUUCCGUGUGCUGCUCUGGUUCGCCAGAAGCGGCUUAGUCAUGCUGGCCACAUGACCCGGAAGCUGUCUGCAGACGAACGCCGGUUCCCUUAGCCUAUAGAGCGAGAUGAGUGCACAACUCCAGAGUCGUCCGCGACUGGACCUUACGGUCAGGGGUAUCUUAACCUUUUUUAUCCAGACAUACAGAUGUUGGCGGGUUUUGAUCUUUUACUGCUAAUUUUAAUUAUAUUUUACAUGUUUUAAUUACUUGCCUUUUGUACUGUUUUAUUGAUAAAUGUAAUAUGUCUUGUAAACUGAUUAGAGGCAUUAUUUUUUUAAAAAUGGAUGUGCAUUGAGCAAAUCAGUUGCAGUCUUCCCUGGUGACUUCUUCUUGAUAGAAUGCACAUCUCUCACGGGCAUGAACAUUGGUCACCAAGUCAUGCUGUGCAAAAAGGGAUCUUGCAUAAUACUAGUGGUAAGCAUAAAUAGGUUUCUUAGACGUCUAUACAAAAUUCUGCAAGAAAACUGCACCACAGAGUGAGAAUUCUUGUCCUGACUGUGGUCUUAGGUUUUGGUUCUCAUCCAAAAUACAGCUUGUAUUUUUCUUUUCUUUUUUAAAAUGACUAUAUACCUGGUCUUUAGACUUGUGCAGAAUCUGUGAGAACUGGUUGUGACAUAUUGAGGGGAAAGGUGUGUUUGCAUCUUAUAUAGACUCAGGGUAGAUGUAGCCAAAAUUGACACAUUAGGAAAACAAAAUUUGCACCACUCUAGUCUAUCCAUGCAUCUGCUGUGUUUCCUUAAGAAUUUGAGUGAUUUAGUGAUGAUGAAUCUUUGCUUAUUUAGGACUAUAGGAAACUACCAAGCCACAAUAUUUAAAUAUCUGUGCAACUGGUUCUUAUAUUUUAGAAGCCUAUUGUGGCAUUAAGCAAUUCAUUGAUUCCUGCAUUGCAGGGGUUGGGCUAGAUGACCCUACAACUCUAUGAUUCCAAUAGAUAUAGUCCAUCCAUACCAGUAUUAUCUGGCUGACUGAGAAUGUACAUCCCUUUGGUUCUUUGCUAAAGGUUUUCAGCUUGAGGUGGUGGCUGUGAUCUGAUGCAAAGGCCUUUCUCGUCACCUGUUUGCUGCUGCCAGACCUGUGUUGAUUGGAGGUGACCUUCUGCCUGCAAAGCAUGCAUUCUACCACUGCACUAUAUCAUCCCUCCCAAUUAUUGGCUAGAAUAAUUUCCCACAUAUCUUUUCAUCUUUACAGCUACAAAACUCCCCGGGACUUCAGCUCCUGCAGUUUGCAGGAUUUUCAGAAAUACAUCAUGGACCGGACCCCAUCCUGUAUAACUAACAUGCCAUCUCCAAAAGAUAUCAUUGCAACCCCAGUCUGUGGGAAUGACUUUGUUGAAGAGGGAGAAGAAUGUGACUGCGGCUCUCCAGAGGUAUCUGUUAAUGAACUGCUGGGGAAAGGAACUUGUCAAUGGGUGGAAUUCUUAACAGAAUCCUAUGGCUGUUUCAUGGCGUAACUGGGUGCACUUUCACAUUAAAGAACACAUGGAUUGGCAAUGCAAGGUAUCAAUGUACCAAUGUCCCAAUUUCAAAUUUGGAAAUUUUAAUUUUGAAGUGUGGGUUGCAAAAGUUCCUUAAAAAAUAUUAUUAAUGCAGAUAGAAGUGGCGUAUCCUCUGUUUGAAGGAGCAGGGAAAUGCAAGAUGAUACCAAAUUGGAAAAAGAAAAUGAUGUGUGAAGGGAAAUAACUGCAAUUUGGGGGGUUGGGCAGGGGGGUAAUUACUCAAGCCUAGCAUCAGCAGCCAGAACCUGGGCAGCUGCCCUCACCCUGGCUCUGAGACAGGGCCCACGGCUAUUGACUUCUGUCCUGGGGCCUGUGAGUUACCAUUUAAAUUUUCCACAGUGCUCCUGCCAUCGUGUCACUUGGGCAUUGUGGGAAAUAGCCACCCGCUGCUCCCACCACUUCUGUAAGGCAAAUCCACUUCUGUAGGAAAGAGUCCAUCAGAGGAUAUGUUGCUGAGGAUCCCAUCAAACCUGGAUCUUGCCCUGGGAUAACUACGUAGCAGCAGCAGCAGCAGUGCCUUUCCUUUUCCUUUUUCCUUUUCCUCUCUCCUUUUUCCUUUUGCCAGCACAAGACCAAACAAUGCACCUGGAAUGAUACAAUUCCAUGAUGUAGUAUCUUUCCAAUAGGACCUUAAAGUAACAGUGUGGUAACUACUCAUUAACUGUUCUGUGGGAACAUAGAAGAAGCACUGAAUAUGGCAUUGGGUGCUGAACAUCGAACAUUUCAGAUUAUGUUUUCAAAUGAGAAGCCAGAGGCCUGCUCUGAGCGUGAUUUGCAAUUGGCAGGGAGAGGGUGACAGUCUCUUGCAUAAACCCAUGAGGAGCUAGACAGAAUAAAUUAUACAAAAUAAAAGGGGGGAAUAUUAUGCAAAUAUAUUUGGUUUUGCACAAUUUAUACAGAUUGCAAAAUUAAACUUUUCUUGACACCUCAUUUAAAUUAGCUUAGUGCAGAAUUUUCAUUUUUCAUUUUGACUUUUUUUAACACCAAGGUCACACAGCUCUGGUUAAAUACGCCUUUCAGUUUACGAUCAUUAGUAUUUUAGAUGAAGUGCGCUGAAGAAAUACUUUCCUCCUUUAUUAGUUACCCAUCUGAAAAGAUACUAACUGGAAGAGAUCAGGCAAAAUUAAGUUGAUAAUACAGGACUGUUCUUGGUUUUAAGGAAUGCAAAAAUGACUGCUGCGAGGCUGCAACUUGUAAACUGAAGCCAGGUGCUAAAUGUGGAUAUGGGGAGUGUUGUGAAAAUUGCCAGGUAAGACUUUGUUUCCUACACUGAAAAUAAUGCCUCUCAAUCUUGCUGCACAUUGGUCAAAUGGGGAUGUAAUCUCUAUUUCUCUCUAUUGCCCAUAUUGAUAGCAAGCAUAUUUUUAUUCUUUCUGGGUUGCUUUCUAAAGCUCAGUUGAAACUUAUUAACAUGUCUGCACAGGAAUUUGUGGGGAGGUUGAGUAGUUCUGUUGCCACGAGAAGAAUGGACCUCUUAUGGCAACCUCUUAGUUCUGGUAAGUAACACAAGUUGAAUAUGAUGGUCUCCACUUAUGACAUGAAUGCCAUUGUGGCUUUCAGGCAAUGUAACACUAUAGGUUGUAGCCAAUUCACUUUACUCAGACUAGAUCCAGUGAAAUUAAUGGACCUAGGUUAGGCAUGUACAUUAAUUUCAAUGGGUCUGACUUAAUGUUGGAUACAACCCUAUGGGCUCAGUCAGGAAUCCAGGCUAUGUUUGGACUUCUCCAGAAGACCUGUUUAUUGAGCAUUCAUUCUGAUUUGUUUGUGGAGAGCUUAUAGAACAAUGAGCAUUCAUACUUCUUAAUACAUUUCCCUGCCUCUUUCCUAAUUGAAAAAUAGUUCUUUUCUUGUUUAACAGUGGAUUUAUUGCAGUAGAGCACUUUAAUCCACAUUGACUUUGCGAAACUAAAUUUUCCAGUAUGUGCUUGAAUCCCCUCCCACAAACACUGAGGGUCUCGUGGAAACCCCUGGAGCUGUUUGGGCUGGGAUGCCCAUCCUUCCCUAGUAGGUAGCCAGCAAGGCAGAUGAAGAGAAGGCUUCACUGUAGACUGGAAGAACCAUGAUCAUUUAUAUUUGAUCUCCACUGCUAAAUAUGAUAAAUAAUGAGGGAUUGGAUGACCUUUCACUUUCCCCUACAGAUUAGAAGAGCAGGCGCUGUAUGCCGGCCAGUGAAGCAUGACUGCGAUCUACCAGAACUGUGCACAGGGACCUCUCAGCAAUGUCCCAUGGAUCGCUUCCGAGUGAAUGGAUUCCCUUGCAAAAAUAACGAGGGUUACUGCUACAUGGGGAAGUGUCCCACUUUGCAGAACCAAUGCAUUGCACUUUGGGGGCCAGGUGAGUGAACCCUGGAGUUACUGAACAUCUAACUUGAAAGAGGCUUACAGAUUUGUUUUGUAUUCAGUGGAACUUGGUCUUUCCUGCUGAGCCGGAGCUCAGCUGAGGCUACAUUGGUGUAAUUCCUUCACUGUAGCUCAAUCAGGGCUCAGCUGCCUCUGCUGGGACACAUCCAGGAGAACCGAAGCUGGUGUGACUCCCUGAAAAGGGGUGGGAUGUGGCAAGGAGAGACUUACGCCUAUUCCAAACCUCUUUAAGCUCAGCCACACCACCUAGCAACACAGCAGAAAAAGGACUGGUAAAAAGUUGUGCCUUUGGCUUGAUCCGGCACUGUGUUGUGCUCACGUUCUGCUUUUGCGAUUCAUACCAUUAUACUGCUACAUGCUGAAGAUUUUAUUUUAUUUCUUUUGCCUUUUCAGGUGCCACAGUGGGUGUGGAUUCUUGCUAUGCUAUAAACCAGAACGGGGUUUAUUAUGGCCAUUGCAAGAAGGCUAAUGGCACAUACAUACCAUGUGGGAAAAAGUAAGCACCACAAACACAAAUCAGUCCCAGGGCAUGGUUUGUCUGAGAGCACAUCACCUUGGGUCUGGUCUGACCAAUUCCUGGAAACCCUAUGCAUACCACCUUGGGCUCCGGAAUGUGAGAAAGGUGGGGGAUAAAAGUAUCCAAUAGGAGGCAUCAUGAAAAAUUAAGCAGGGGCUCUUUAAAGGUCAGCCGUCUCUGCUUGAUUUCUACAAGGAGGUUCAGGUCAGGAAGCACAACCUGCUGCAAAUGGUCCUCCAGUUCUGCUCGCAAACACCAUGGCUCUGCUCUCACCUUUAAAGACAGGCAGAUUGGGUCAGCUGUGGGUGGUGGGAAUUGGGUUCUUUGAGUAUUCUUUCAUACCUUGAACCAUCUCCUAAAUGAGCUUCAGAGUUCCGCUGGGCUAUGCAAACAACCCAGUUAAUUUGGGGGUGAGGUGAGCAUAAGGACGAGGGAGAAACUAGAUUCAGUUCACAUUUAAUUAGCACAUUCUGAGACAAUAUGUGAAAAAUAGCCAUCCUUCAAAUUUUGCACCUCUCUGGAUUUUGCAAUGCAGUUCCCCAGAUAAGUAACGUGUUCAAAAAUGCAUAUUAGGGUUAAAUGCGCUUAUAAAUGCAUAUAUUAGUGAAGAUAGCAUACCCAAAAAGCAUUAAAUUAGGGGAAACUGCAGAAAAAAUGUGUAUAUUAGUCAAAAGAUCAUACAAAUAUGUGUACGGUAUAUUAAAUUUGCUCCGAAAUGCUGACAAAUUUUAAUUAGGUUUUCGUAUAAAACCUUUUUUGGGGGGAAAUUCUUGUGGAAGUGCAAAAACUGAAUUUAAGACUGGGGGUGGGGAAUGAGGAGCUGAGAGAACUGAAAUUGAUAGGUUUAUCCAUCCCUAGAUGAGCAGUCUUCUGCUUAUCCUAUCUGUAGUAAUAAAAAUAAAUAAUAGAAUCAUAAAAUUGUAGACUUGGAAAGGUCCAUGAGGGUCAUCUAGUCCACCCCCUGCAAUGCAGGAAUCCUUUGCCCAAGGUGGGGCUUGAAACCACAACCCUGAGAUGAAGAAUCUCAUGCUCCACCAACUGAGCUAUCCCAGAAGGGCCAAUGAAUAUCAGUUAAUCUGGUGAAUGCAUGAGGAUUCCAAAUGAGAGAAAAAUAUGACUUCCCUAAUUAGUCUGUUCUUGUUUAACAGAAAAACUCAAGGUAACUGUCUGCUUCCUUUUCAGAGAUAUAAAGUGUGGCAAGUUAUAUUGUACAGGGGGUUCUCGAAUGCCUUCAACUGGAAGUCUAGUGUCGUUUGAUACAUGCAAAGGCAGUUUCCCAGGCAAGGACCAAGAAGAUGGUGGAAUGGUUGCCACUGGAACAAAAUGUGGAGAAGGCAUGGUUAGUGACUCACAUCCUCUUCCUUUGAUCCACAGGUGUGGUCAGGGGGGAGGUUUCUCAAGCACAAUUUCUGUAAUGCGGUUGUUGGAAUUGCUGCAAGAACAGAGUGAGCCGUUUCACACCGGUAGCUUGCCAAGCGGGGCUGCACCUUUGGGGUUCAUUUCAUUUGUCAGCCAUGCUUCUGAUCCUGCCUGUGAACUGAGCCUGUCCAAGUUAUGUUCACAUACUUCAAAUGCCGGCACAAUAAUAUCCUGAAUGCUACAGCUGGAAGAUUUAAUCCCAUUACAAUUUUUCUGAGCCUUUUGAAGGAGUGAAAUUGGCAUGCACUUAUUCUUUGAAAGCAGAAGUCACCUACCUGGCUCCCACUGGGGCUCUGGGGCCCUUGAAUUCCUCCUGUGGUGCCUAGGAAGCCCUCUGACCCCACCCUCUCUGCUUCCAUGAGGUGAUGAGGGUGGUUACCUUCUUCGUCCCUUGAAAAUGCCUAGAGCUGAAGGUGGAAGCUGGAAGAGUGAUGUUCUUUCCCUCUCCCUUUACAAGGUUCUGAUUAGUUCUACUGGAUCUUUUCCCAGGUGCCUUGGGAAAAGGAAGUGUGUGUGUGCUUCUGUCUCAUGUGGGGUGCUCAGUGCUUUUUUAAAAAGGGGUACUGAAGGGUACGCAGUACCAGCACCUCCUGUCAGGGAACUGCCAUCAGUGCCGGAGGGAGAGAGCAAAAUCCAGAGGGAUUCCAGAGAGUGUCCCGGGAUUGGGAGAGGCAGCCCAUCUUCUGGGGAAGAGAAUCAGCGUAGCACCAGUGGAGAAGGGGGGCAGAUGGGGGAAGCGGCGAGGCGGUCCCAUGACUCCUUGCCGGGGACCAGCGGGGAGAGUAAAGCUCCUCUGCUGCCUACGCCCUCCUUGCGCAGAAGGCUUUCGUGCAGAGAAAGUAGGAGGAGACUAGGCGUCAAAGAGCUUCUUUGCUGGAAGAAGUUUAAGAAACGCCCACUGACAGAUUCUGCCAGCGAUUGAGACAGCCACGGGUGAGUGGCUGUCCGGACAGAAAAGGUUCACUCAGGCAAUCCAGCCAGGUGUUUGCACCGGCUUACGCACGAGCAACCCCUAGAACCAUUACACCUCCUUUUGUUGUUGUUAAAAACUGUGGCACUUACUGGAACAACUUCAUGGUGAGUACCAGCACCUCUUUUUGUACAAAAGAAGCACUGGACUUAGAAGAAGCACAUCUGGCCUAGAAGGGAGAGAAGUGACCAGAGGAGGUGUCACCCACAGCACCCACUCAAAAAUUCAAAUGUGCCCAUGAGCCUAAAAAACAUUGAUGACCCCUCUUCUAAAGUGACAUGGAUCUUAAGAUGGAGGUCAGAAGUUAGUAUAGUUCAGUCAUGACUGGCCAUCUCCUCCCCAGCCAAGCAGGUCUCUAGACUCACAGGCUCAAGAAACUGACAAGUACCCCUUCUUUGAGGACACAACAAAGCAAGAAAGCUGCCAUAUCAGACUGUGAUCUGAGCUGCCUACCAACAUGGCGGGUGGGAGCACAGGGUCAGAAAGUUAUAUCCAGUCACACUAUUUGUACCUUAAGCCAGAUAUUAUCUAUACUACCUGAGGCUAUCCAUGUUCCCACACAGAAAAGGCUCUUUCACUUUACUCACUACUUGAACCUUUUAACUGAAGCUUCAGUGGUGUUCAGUUUUGCAUAAAAGAAAAGAACCGCCCCACCCUGUUGAUCAUCUUUGGCAUUUUGCUUUCAGGUCUGCAGCAAUGGGCAAUGUGUCGAGAUUGAGAGAGCCUACAGGUCUACCAACUGCUCUUCCAAGUGCCAAGGACAUGCUGUAAGAGUUACAUCACGGUUAAGGGAAGAAUAAUGGUGGCUGCUUUUUAGUGGCCUUUGUAAACAUUCUGCUUUGAGACACAAACCUUUCCUUCCUCUGUUGAGCACGUAUGCCUGUAUUCUUCACCCUUCCUCUCACAGUAUUCUCCCAGGACCAUGUUCCUCAAUGAGUCACUGAAUUUCUGCAUUGGAGACUUUGGCUCUUUUGCUUUCCCCCACCUCUGCCCAUGCCCAGUAUUUCUUCUGUAGCUUCUGACGGAUGCCAGUGACCCAGUCCUGUGUAUGUUGCUCUCUGAACUGUCUCUACUAGGGAUGGGGGAGAGAAAUGUGUUCAGUUGCAUUUUAAUGAGAAUUGGAAUGCAGCUAUCCUUCAAAAUUUUAACUUAUCCUAAUUUUUGCAAUGCAGUUCUCUAACCCAGAUGUGUAUAUUGGGGGAAAGUGUGCACAAAAUACACAUAUUACUGUGCAAAACUGCAUUGUAUUCGGGGAAAUUUCCUUCAAAACUGUAUACAUUAGGCAAAAAUGCACACAACAAAGUUUAUACUAGGAGAAGGAAACAAAAAUGGAUAGAUUCACCCAUCCCUACUUUAUACAGGAGCCAACGAAGAUGUAUCGGGACAUGUACUUGGGCUCCCUGGUUGAGGUUAACCCUUGAGUCCCAUGGCAUGAAGAGCCCAGAGUUUGUUGCACUAGCCAAAAUGUGUGGAAUUGGAUGCAAAGUCCUCUCUUGCUGGCAAAACCUGAUGCUGAAAGCAAGCCCUGAACCAGAUGGCAUUUCAACAGUGACCGUUAAAUGUCACCAUUAUUAUUAUUAUUAUUUUAUUUAUUUCAUAAAAUUUAUUUACCACUUGAUUGUAAAAAACCCUCAAAGUGGUUUACAAAAAAGAAAUUAUUAAUUUAAUAUUAUUACUAUAUUGUUGUUAAAUGUGUUAUUCUGUUUUUUAAAAUAUUAUUUAAUAUUUAUAUCCUUCUACCAAUAAGUACCCAGAGAAACUUACAAAAGAAAGAAAAAAGGAAACCUAAUAAUACAUUGAAGAAUAAGCAUGUAUUACUAAAAAACUUACAGCCAUGAAAAGCAGCAAUUAAAUUAGCAGUCUGAAGACAAGAGGAAGGGAGCCAGGUGAUGUAGGCCCCGUGUAGCCCAUCCACUGUCCUGAGCAAGACAGUUUUGGUCCUAAAACCAGGACAGAAGCAAAAUUGGUUUCAUCCUGAAAAUCCUGGUGCUGAGAAGUGACCACACACUCAGGCACCUUGCCCAAAUCAGGAAGGCUGGAGACAGGAUCACAGUUUCUAAGGUUAGCCAGGUCAUCAUAGCAUGAACAUAAGAUCAUGAGAAAAGCCCUGUGGAGUCUGGCCAAAGGCCCAUCUUGUCCAGCAUCCUGUUCUACAGCAGUCAACGAGAUGCCCAUGGAAGCCCACAAGAAGGACAGCAGCAGUCUCUCCACUGCUGGAGUCCUGGCAAUGGGUGACCAGAGGUUUACUUGAUAUUCUUGUAAAGAAGCUGGUAAAAUGUGGUCUUGACUAUGCUACCACUCAGUGGAUUUGUAACUGGCUGACUGACCGAACCCAAAGGGUGCUCAUCAAUGGUUCCUCUUCAUCCUGGAGAAGAGUGACUAGUGGGGUGCCACAGGGUUCUGUCUUGGGCCCGGUCUUAUUCAACAUCUUUAUCAACGACUUGGAUGAUGGACUCAAGGGCAUCCUGAUCAAAUUUGCAGAUGACACCAAAUUGGGAGGGGUGGCUAACACCCCAGAGGACAGGAUCACACUUCAAAACGACCUUGACAGAUUAGAGAACUGGGCCAAAACAAACAAGAUGAAUUUUAACAGGGAGAAAUGUAAAGUAUUGCACUUGGGCAAAAAAAAUGAGAGGCACAAAUACAAGAUGGGAGACACCUGGCUUGAGAGCAGUACAUGUGAAAAGGAUCUAGGAGUCUUGGUUGACCACAAACUUGACAUGAGCCAACAGUGUGACGCGGCAGCUAAAAAAGCCAAUGCAAUUCUGGGCUGCAUCAAUAGGAGUAUAGCAUCUAGAUCAAGGGAAGUAAUAGUGCCACUGUAUUCUGCUCUGGUCAGACCUCACCUGGAGUACUGUGUCCAGUUCUGGGCACCACAGUUCAAGAAGGACACUGACAAACUGGAAUGUGUCCAGAGGAGGGCAACCAAAAUGGUCAAAGGCCUGGAAACGAUGCCUUAUGAGGAACGGCUAAGAGAGCUGGGCAUGUUUAGCCUGGAGAAGAGGAGGUUAAGGGGUGAUAUGAUAGCCAUGUUCAAAUAUAUAAAAGGAUGUCAUAUAGAGGAGGGAGAAAGGUUGUUUUCUGCUGCUCCAGAGAAGCGGACACGGAGCAAUGGAUCCAAACUACAAGAAAGAAGAUUCCACCUAAACAUUAGGAAGAACUUCCUGACAGUAAGAGCUGUUCGACAGUGGAAUUUGCUGCCAAGGAGUGUGGUGGAGUCUCCUUCUUUGGAGGUCUUUAAGCAGAGGCUUGACAACCAUAUGUCAGGAGUGCUCUGAUGGUGUUUCCUGCUUGGCAGGGGGUUGGACUCGAUGGCCCUUGUGGUCUCUUCCAACUCUAUGAUUCUAUGAUUCUAUGAUUCUAUGAUUCUACUUCUGUAAAUUGUGAGGGCCAUUCCUUUCCACAAGGAGGCCUUGACCACCUUUGAAUCUCAGGUAGACAAGACAUUUUUGAAAGUUUCCCCCUUCUCAAAGAAGUCUGUGUGCGUGUGUGUGUGCGCGCACACACAUGUGUGCGUGUGUGUGUUCAGUAUUUUGGCUAACAGCUGAUGACUUACACCAAUUUUGGGAUUGACUGCAGUUUUGAUAAUUUGUUGGAGCUGUGCCUUUAUUAUCUAUAUAAUUUUGUAUUUAUUUUAAAAUGUUUGUUUUAUGACUUGCACUGCAUUGAAUAACAGACCUGAUCAAAAGGCAGGAUAGACAUCUUUCCGAUAAAAAUAAAUGAAUGAAUGAAUAAAGCAAGCAUGGUCUGCUUCUUUUCCAUGUGCCCAUUUUAGAGACUAAUGCUAGGUCUGUGCUAUCACAGGUAUGUGACCAUGAGCUGCUAUGCCAGUGUGAAGAAGGAUGGGCGCCACCAAAUUGUGAUGACCCCACAGCAAAUAGAUGUGAGUUAAAGCAGGAGCCCCCUGCCACACUCCCCCUUUCUUUUCACCUAACAUAACCGUGGACUCUUUUGUCAUAUGGCUAACAAAAUGGCCUCUUCCCCAAAUUUGCCACCCAAUUCACAGAUGAUUAAUUUUUUGGGGAGGGGGAUUUGGGCUAUUGGGUGAGGACUUCUGAAUGGAUUUGGAGGCAGGCUUACUAUUUGCAAUGGGGGCGCCCAUGAGUGUCUACCCCUUUUAAAGCUCUAAACAGUAAAAUGAAGGUAAUGAAGGAGCUCUUCUCAGAAGCUACCAGUUUGCAGCUGACAUGUUUUCCCCAGAAUGCCCCAAAUCCAGCAUCGUUCUGGAGUAUUCUGGGGUGAAAAAGGGCAUCCACCAGCCGCUAAACAGAGCUUUAUUGUUACCUUAUUGGGAGUUGGGGUGGCGGGGGGGGGGAGGGCAGCGGCACAGCUUCUCUGCCACAAAUGGUAAACCUGCCUCACCAUGAACUCUUCCAAAAAUCCCACCUGAAAUAUUGGCCGCUAUUUCAGGGAACAACCCACCCUGUCCCAAUAUUGUUGAAAGUUUGCAGCUGCAAACUCAGUUUGGCAUAAGCCAUUUCUCUGUGUGUUCUCCUGCUCCACAUAGCUGGGCUAGUGAUGGAAGUGAAUGAUCAUUUAGGUAACAACAUCAGGACAUCAGGUAAGUUCUGUAAUACAUUGCUGGAGUUGUGAUGGGGGAACUCAAUGCACUGCUGUCAUUUGGGGUGACUCACCUUUGCUUCUUAUAAAUUCUUCCCUUACUGCUGAUUUCAGUGGCAUUAGGUUGGCCAUAUUUACCAAAGUUCUGUCUCCAGGACAUGUAGCAAAGUACACCAAACUCUCUUCUAUUGCUCUGCAUGACUGCAAGUUUCUCCUGAUAAAGUAGCAAACUCAGGCGGCCCAAAGUAUUAACAAGUUUAUAAAAAUAUGGGGGGGGGGGAGUAAUAACUAGUAAAAUCUUAACCAAAUCUACUCAGUCCUACUGAAUUCCAUGGGACUUAUCCCCAGGUAAGUAGGGUUAGGACUGCAUCUUAUGUAAUUUGGGGAAGGAUCCUUGGGUAGCAGGAAAACAAAUGCAAUUAUCCUAGCAUACAGUGUGAUAUCAUCCUGUUGAAUUCUUGCUGGUUUGAUGAUGGCCAGAAAGAGGAGACGAAGAGCUCUAUUUGAAGAAGGAUGUAGUUCAUUACUUAGCUGCAAGAUGACCCUUCUCUGAGCAAGAAGUUGUAUGCAAAGAGGAUGGUGACCCAUUAUUUAUUUACCUAUUAUCAACACAUUUCUUUAUUAUAUUUUUAUCCUGCCCUUCACUCCAAAGAGCUCGGAGUGACACACUGUCUCUCAUGCACACAUUUAUCCUAGAACAACAACUACAAGCUUUUGUGUAUCCAAAGCAAUUCACUUACAGUAGCUUGUUUUAAUCCUUACAAUUUCUGUAAGAUGGGGCAGUAUAAUUAACCCUAUAUUACAGAUGCCAGGCAAUUCUCUAAACCAUGGUUUAGAUGGUCACAAAUGAACUGCAGCAAAGCCUCAGGUAGGUUCAUAUGCAACCUCCCCUCUUCUUCUUUCACAAAAGGAGGUGAAUUUAUUCACCUUGGACUAAACCAUGCUCACCUUGAGGUGAUUGUGGUCUCUCCAUAGUUACAAGAAACCAGGGUCAAACCAUGCAUUGACAUUCUGGUUUGGUAAGUAACUAGAGUUAGAAUAAACCACAGUUCCCUCAUGGUUUAGUCAAAAGUGAAAACAGAAGCUUUAAGUCACUUUUGGAUAUGAAGGAGAAGAUAAGGGAAGGUGUGAGGCUUUCUGACAACACUUUUGUGAAAAUCUAGUUCAUCACGAACUGGGCUGAGAGAAUGUGUUUUGGGUCAUUUCCUAUGUCACAGAUGAGGAAUAGGGAGUCUUUGAGGAAGCAUGAUUUCCAAGAAUUGUCUCUCAGUACAAUCUCAGAUUUGUUUAUGGCCUGUUCUUUUUUUGCAGAUAUCAUCAUCAUUGUUGCAGUGUUGUUAGCCAUUUUAGUCACAGCAGUCACCAUCAUUGUCUUGUUCCGGUACAAAAUUUCAAAGAAGAAAAAUAGUCCAAGGUGAAUCUUUUAAGUGAAGAAUUGUCAGCCAAACUUUUGCAAAAGGGUUUAACUGCUGGAUUUGCAAAGCGCUCAAUACUAAGAAUGGCAUGUGUGGCCAGAUUGAACAUUGGGAUGGAAAGCCAACUCUGGCUAGUUUGAGCAGUAGAGUCUUAGAUUUUGGAUGCCAGAAGCUGCUGAUUUGGAGCUAUAAUUCGCCUUGAUUAAAAGCAGGGGUGGAGGACUUGCAGCUGUUCAGAUUAGGGAUGGCUAGCGCAGCCUAUCUGUAGGCACUUGCACCAUAAAUUGUAUGUGUUUUGUAUUUAUGCAUUUCUUCAUAAAACACAGUUUUGUAUGCCCGUUUCCUGUAAGGUAAUGCAUGUUUGUAUGUAUUUUGUUGCAAAACAAUAAGGCAAAAUUCAAAGUGGAGAAUUCAUAUGUGUAUUCCAAUUCGCAUAUAAGUCUGAAACCAGUUUGGUUUCCUUUAAAAUACUGUAGGGCUAGACAACAAGCUCUUCUGGAAUCAGUCCUCCUGUUCAGGUAUACCUCAUUUCCCCUAUGCUGCAAUGGCAAAAUCCAGAGCUUCCCCUCCAAGAGCACUGUGUUCCUUUGGAAAGAAGGACGGGAUGUUAUUAUUAUUGUUAUGGACCAAACAAUAUAUGAUUCAGGAGAGACAGUGAAGGUCUCAAUUCUCUGUCUUUUCUGCAUCCUAUAUUGUUUGACCAAGACUUUUACAUUUCUGUGUACAGAACACAGAUGUUCUAAGUUAUGAAUUCAAUCCGCAUGCUAAUAUUUACUGUUUUUUGAUAGCACCCACAAGAGUGUGGCUGGAUCCACAAACCAUGCCUUCUCAGGUCAAGAUCAGAAGAGAAGACAGCAUCUUGGCCCUGCGCCUGGUCCUCCAGAGGUGAGAAGCAACACAAACUGUUUAAACAUCUGGGCAAAAGCAAUGAUCCUGUACCAUUUGCAGUCCAUUCACUUUGAAUAAGAUUAUCAUAAACAUUCUUCCCAAUAAUACUGGCCCUCAGGUGGCUGAGUUUCUGUCAGUUUGGAAGUAAAAUUGGGCUACACAAAAUUUCUACAUACUUCCUAGGUAACCCAAGUUCCCAAGUUUGUAAAAUAAAUGAACAAUAUUUUUAAAAGAAAACGGGAAAAAAACACCCUUACAAGGAAUUGUAAGUUUCCAGGAUAUACAAAAUAGUGAGGUGUCAGUAAAGCCAUGGGAAGGAAGCUGAAGAUGGCAGACAGGGAGAUGAAAUUGAACUAAGAAGCCUUUAAUGAGUUACAGUAAGUAUCCAGAAGAGGAGGAUUAGGGAUGUGAGUGAGCAUGCUGUCAAUUUACCGUAUUUUUUCUCUCCUGACCAUAAGACGCACCUAGUUUUUAAGGAGGAAAACAAGAAACAAAAUAUUCUGAAUGAAAUAGUGGAUGUAUGAUUUUUGUGGUUAAUGCUGUAGCCAUGGACAUGCUAUGUGAUCUGAUGGUGAAUUUGGGGAGACCCAAUGCAAAAAUCCUGAGGAUCCAUGUGGAUCCGUGCUUUGUAACCACAUUUUUGCACCAUUGCAGCCCCAGGAAACAGUGGAUGCGUGAUUUUUUUGGUGCAGGUUGUAGCCAUGGACAUGCUAUACGAUCUGAUGGUGAAUUUGGGGUGACCUAAUGUAAAAAUCCUGAGGAUCCAUGGGCUUUUACCUCCCCCCUUAUCUCUCUUGCGAUCCCACUGAUCAGCUGUUUCCUUUCAACACUCCCUUCCCUCUUGUUUGCCUUAGUGUCUUUUCCUUAGCUGGAGCAGUUUUUUGCUCCUCCUUUUCUUCUAAUUUCUCUCCUAAUUGCUUUAGUCUUCCUGGUUUCCCCCUUUGCAAGUUUGCUGUCUUUACCUCCCUCCUCCCAGGCAGCCUCCUUUAUCUCUAGCGUCCCUUAUCUCUCUCCUCGAUCCGCAAACGAUCAGCGGCUUUGUUACAACACCCACUUGCCUCUCCCCCCCCCCCAAAAAAAAGCAUGAUCUGCUUUUUGCCCCUGGGCAAUUCAGCUCCAGGGACCACGCAUUCGCUCCAUAAGACGCACAGACAUUUUCCCUUACUUUUUAGGAAGAAAAAAGUGUGUCUUACGGAGCGAAAAUAACACCCUCUCCUGGCAAUAUGCAAGAAUAAUUCAGGUGAAAGGAAAGCAACCUUUUUUUUUUUUAAUUUUCCAACUCCAGGGAAUCCACCCCAUGCUAUAUACCAGAACUGUUUUGGUUCCAUGGUCCAAAUCCUUAUCAGGAUCCACCAUACUGGCCAAAUUUGAUAGGCGGGUGAGCCUACCCACCUUUCAAUUUCAUGAUGUCAUGGGAUUUGGUGCUUUGAAGUCCCAGAGCGAGGACACUUUGCUCCAGUGGGUUUUGGCAAAGCACCGCCCUUACCUGUAUGACAUCAGGUAUAGGACGAGCCAGUAUGGCUUGCCCAGAAUGGCCUUAGAGAAGGGUGAUGAGCCCAGAUUGGCUCAUGAACCAGAGGUUCCUUACCCUGCUGUAUAGCUAUGCAAUGCUCAAGUUCUCAGAAACUCCAAAACUGAGCCCCUAGCAUGGUGCGUUUAUUUCAUUCUUUAUUUGGUUUGUUAGUCAUUUUGCACUAAAAAGUCUCAAAGCGAACUAACAAGAUAUAAUACAAAAAUAAAACCAAUUAAAAACCAGAAAACAUAAAACACUGUACCAUAUAAAAUAUCCUAAGAUGUUCACCCAACAACACAAAUAUAAAGGGUGAGUCCUGCCCUACCUCACUGUGUUUAUCUUGUAUAUGCUUUAAUUUUCUACUGAAACAUCUCUGACUUGUAUCCAACUAAGUCACAUUGAGAGUAGACCCACUGAAAUCAAUGGACAUGACCUGUUUAACCAUCCACUGAUUUCAGUGGAUCUGCUCUGAGUUUGUUUUAAUUUGAUACAACUCACUGACUGUAGCACUUGCACGUCUGCCUUUCAGUCCUGAAAUUACCGUCUAUAUGUUUCUCUAGCAUGACUGUGUAAUGUGUAAGAUUCAUGUGACAACUGAGGAUACCUCAUUGCUGUUUUGAAAAACAAAGAUGGCACACUGUUUAAAAAGCUGUUUCCUGCUUUUAGGUCACCUCUUCCAGAGUUCUGCUCCCUCCACCUCCACCCCAAGCAAACAAACCACCAGUUUCUGUUGUAAGUAAUAUUAAAUGAAAUAGUUAUUCCUUAAAAUAUGGACCACAACAACACUGGAAACUAGAAUGCUUCUGGAAUUAAUUGUUUGUGAAUUGCAGCCUGAACUGACCAAUCAGCACCAGCUAGAUUAAUGUACAUAUCAGAAUAUAGUUGUUCUUUGGAUUUUACACUUCUCUGAAUUUUGCUCAAGAAUGUGCAUAUUUUGUGAUAAAAUAAAAUACAUUUAGAAAUGCAUCCUUUGAAAAAAUGUUCAAAAAUAUGCAUUGAAGUACACGUUUUCAUGUGGGUUUCUAAGAACAAAAUUCACCAGAUUAAAUGCACAAAGGGGAUGGAACAGAAAGCCUGCUAAAUUGUCUUUGACCAAGAUUAGAUGGUACCAUCCUUUCCUCCUAGUAACAGUAAAAUGUAAAAAAAACCCAGCAAAUGUAAUGCAAUAUGCAAUCUACACAAUUAUAUCUCAUCAUUCUGACAAGGAAAUAUAUUUAUGCUAAUGGCAAUGCUUAAAAAAGAAUGAAAGCGAUGUCAAAAAUGCACAAUACAAUUGUAUGCAUUUCUGGUCAGAAGUAAAUUCCACUGCAUUUAAUGUGACUUGUUUUAGAGUAAACAUGUGUACUAAACAUGUUAGUUACUUUAAAACACACACACAACCACACACAAAAAAUUAACAUGUCACAGAUAAACUUGAGGCAAAAACCUUUCUCCCCAGCAUGGUGUUUUUCAUGUUCAUGGAAAAUUUUGUUCUUUUAACCUGGGGAAUGUUGAAACGUGUGUCUUUGUGAUUUGUUGGGGUUCUAGAAAGUCAGGUGGCAUGAAACUGUAUUCAACUAUUCCGCUUUAUAGAAGCACUAACCAAAUGUUGCUUCUUAUAAUUCCUCAGCAAAUUCCAGAUGAACCGUGCAACCACAUAUCAACCAUGUAUCAAAAUACCAGAAUGGUAAGUUCCUAAAUGAGCCCAAGAAGGAUCCUUCUGGAGUGGGGGGAAAGCGGAAUCAAGAGUGCUAUUAUUUCCCCACUAAUAUUGACCAUUGGAGUUCCAGGGGGAUCGUAUGGCACCAUUUCUCAACUUCCAUAUCUCAAUCCAUAGAAGAGUAAAUAGGGUGUUAAAUCCCAUGUUUUUGAGGUCAAGGAAACAAAUGGGCAUGUUUUAACUGGCUGACAAAUAGAGUAUACUGAAUCAGCAGUUUAUUCAAUCCAAUUUAUUCCAUUUAUUCGAGGGUUGGACUAUAUGACUUUUUGGGCGCCUUCCAAUUCUACAACGAUUCUAUGAGCCUAAAAGGGACGCAGGUGGCACUGUGGUCUUGAGCUUGCUGAUCAUGAGGUCAACUUACAGAUUUGAAAAUAAGGGACCAGCGGCCUUGAAAAUAAGGGACCAGCAGCCUUGAAAAUAAGGGGCCAGCAGCCAAAAUAAGGGACCUGCAGCCUCACCUGUUCCAGGCACUCCAGUCUUCCUGUCCUCCUGCAGUCUGGUCAAACUCAUGCUUCGAGAACACUGUCCAACCAACUUUGUAACCAGAGGUUCAACUGAAUAGAAUCUGAAUCACAUGCACCACAAGGCCUAUGCAGCCUCAAUUUAAGAUGGCUCCCCGGCCUGGCUUUGCACUGCAAAGUUUGCAGCAGCACAUGCAACAAAAUGGCAUCCAGCGUUCAAAAAGCCCCUCAGCUUGCAUUAACUAGCCACACACAAGGCAUGCAAGCUCCACCCCCCAGUCGUUCUUAGACUCCUUAUUGGGUGAGCAACACAGCCAAGCAACACAGUUGGAGCCUCCCUCCUCCCUGGCCGGCAGGGAGGGAGGGAGAGGAGCUGCUUCCUUUGAAAUUUAAGGGACAUCAUUUAAGGGACAUCCAUCAAUAAGGGACAGCAGCGGGACAUGGCGCUAGAAUAAGGGACUGUCCCUUCAAAUAAGGGACACUUGACAGCUAUGUGAGGUUGGCAGUUUGAAUCUGCACGAUGGGGUGAGCUCCUGUUGCUCUGUCCCAGCUCCUGCCAACGUAGCAGUCCAAAAGCAUGCCAGCACAAAUAGAUAAAUAGGUACUGCUAAACGGCAUUUCUGUGAGCACUCUGGCUUUCGUCACAGUGUCCCAUUGCGCCAGAUGCAGUUUAGUCAUGCUGGUCACAUGACCUGGAAAGCUGUCUGCGGACUGACGGCCUGAACGCUCCCUCGGCCUGAACGCAGAGAUGAAAGCCGCACCCCAUAGUUGAAUUUGACUGGAUUUAACCACCCAGGGGCCGUUUACCUUUUUACCUUUUUACAUGAUUGUGAGAUGCUUGCCUAGAUGAAUAAAACAAUGAGUUGGACUUCCAAAGCCAUUUCACCCUGAGUCAGCCCAUUGGUCCCUGCAGCCCAGUAUUGUCUAUACAAAGGCUGGGGAACCACUUUUGUCCAGUGAGCCAGAUCAACUAGAGCCACUCCUCCACGGACAACUUUUGAUUGGUGGGUAGCUCGACGCCCCUGUCAGUCACCUGCCAGCAUAUUACAUCAGGUGAGCCUGCUGGAAAGCAGCAGGGCUUGUACCCGGUGCUGAAUUUAAACAGUUCUGAAUGCAAAAGCUAUUGCCAAGGAAAAACUGGGAACACAUUCCUGUGCUCAUGAUUGUUCCUUGGCAGCUUAGGUUUUACCUCCCCCACUCCAGUAGUUAUAUGGCAUCUGGUGAGUGGGCAUGGCUUGCUUCAGCGAAGGUUUUCUUAUGGUAGAGUUCACAUAGCUUGUUGCGUGGCCAGCACACAGUAGCAGUCCCUUUGAGUAGUGCCUUUUAUGUGCACAGAUCACACAUCUACACCACCAAUCUAUAUAGGUUUUAUCUGUGGUGGACCUUGGGGUCUCAAGUUCAGCAGCGCCCUGUGUGACACAAAAGUUCAGUGUCCCCGGCCUUUUGCACUCUGUUCUAUAUCAUAGUUUCAGCAUCCCCUAAGGUGUCCCCGAGGCUCUAUGCCCAGUGUGACUGAACUAGUUUUGCUCCCCUAAAUCCACCUCUGGUUUUAUACCAAUUUAAUUGUUACAGUUUACUGCAAAGAAUCCAGGGCAUUGUUGUUUGGUGAGAUUGCUGAGAAUUCUCUGUGAAGAGUGCUCUCUCCUCUCCUAAAUGAACUGCUGUUUCCAGAGAAAAGGAAAUGAAUGUUAAAUUGGUAUAAGUCUAUGUUGCACACAUAAGCCCUGACAACAAGCACACUUGCUGGCAAUUGCUGCAGACAGCUGAGUCAAAUUCUGAGUAUGAGCAAAACACAGAAAGCACCGCUCCUGCCUUGUUUUCUGUCCCCUAAAAAAUUGUGCCUUCUUCAGAUAUCCUUGCCUGCUGUCUUGAUAUCUUUGUUGCUUACUAUGCGGAAAUGUUUUAGAUAAUCUCCUGUUUUCUUUUAUUCCAGCCAAUUGUAAAGCCAAACAUUCCUCCACCUCCAAUUCCAACUGCCAAGACAGGGUUUUCUUCUGCCAACAGCAAUGCAGUAAGUAAUUGCUUCAGGAUUUUCUCUCUCCUUUCUAACUGAAUGCUGGUGCAACUAUCACCAGUGUGACUCUUCUUCAAUCAACUAGUUGUCCAUUUUCACUUUUUCCCAGGGUGAUGCGAGAGGCUGCAGUUAGAAAACAUGGCAGGGGUAGUUCAGAUGCCAUUACCCCCAAAGUUAAUGAGGCCCUCUGUUAACUCCAGAAGCAGCCUCAAAUCCUGAUUUCAAAUCUUGGUUAAGGGGGAACCAUGGUAAAGGUUGACAGGAAAAAAUUCAGCCAGAUUACAGAUGGAACCUCCAGUCCUAUGCCUCCCACCCCACCCUGCUUUUUGAAUGUAAAUUGGUUGUAAAUCUCCUUGAGAUUUUGCGUUGCAUCCAACUAAGUUCUAUUCUGGGUAGACUCACUGAAAUUAAUGAACCCAAGUUAGCCACGUCCAUUAACUUCAAUGGGUCUUCUCUGACUAGUAUUGGAUAUACACCCCCCUUUUAAAUAAAGUUUCUAACAAAUGCAAAUCAUCCUCACCCUCUGCUUUUAAGACUGCCAUUUGUUUUUACCUUAUUUUGUACUGUGCUGAUUUUGUGCACUUUUGCAGAAGGCAGGAUAAAUCUUCAUUAUGAUUAAUAUCAUAUUUAUUUAUUCAUUGCGUUAAUAUUAAUUGGAAUUGGAAUUUUCAAAUAAGCUGCCUGGAUGGGUUGGUUGUGUUGAAGAGAGAAAAGGGGGUGACUGACAUCUGAUCAGGAAAAUGUGGCACUUCUCUUACAGACAGCAGCAAUGAUGAAAACUCCUUCUCCCCAAUUCAAGCGUAAGACAGCUCCUCCACCUCCGCCCCAGGUAAGGAGCCCCAAGAUUCACAAGGAAGAUGCUGAGCUGCAGAGUGUCCUAUCGCCCGCUGUUGGAGGCAGGAUGUCUUUGAAUGAUAGCUGCUGGGAGCAGCAGGUUGGGAGUGUGCUGUUGUGCUCAGGUCCUGCUUCUGGGCUUCCCCUAGGUUGUCCACUGCAAGGGCAGCAUGCUGGGCAAGAAGGACCCUGUGGCCUCAUCUAUCAGGGGAAGACCCAGCAGCCAUUUUCUUCAUUCCUGUGGCAAUGUGCUCAACCAUAACCUUUUGUUCCCUGAGGCAAAAAACGUGUGCAUUGCACCUGAGGGAAGGAAGCCAUUUGGGAAGCUUAGGGCAGGCUAUGCAGGCCUGCAAGCAGAACCUGAGCACAACCGCUCUCUCCCCACUGCAAUUCCCAGCAGAUGUUGUUCAGAGCCAUGGUGCCCCAACAGUGUGCAUAGAACACAGCCGUUGUGGCUAAUAGCAAGGGGUAGUUUUUUGCUCCAUCAAGCUGUCUAGUUUUCUUUUAAAGCCAUCCAAGUUAGUGACCAUCCCUACCUCUUGUUCAAGGGAGAAAGGCAGGAAUAAUUUGAGGAUGUGGCACACCACAAAAAUGGAUGGUGGAGAUGUAUACAUACAUACAGACCCCACUUACUGAGCACAAUGUGUUUCCUAGAAAUCAUUCGGUCUGCAAGUGUUUACAUGAGUCCAAUAUUUCUACGUAUAAAGGUAAAGGUAAAGGGACCCCUGACCAUUAGGUCCAGUCGUGGCCGACUCUGGGGUUGCGGCACUCAUCUCGCUUUAUUGGCCAAGGGAGCCGGCGUACAGCUUCCAGGUCAUCUGGCCAGCGUGACUAAGCCGCUUCUGGCGAACCAGAGCAGCGCACGAAAACGCCAUUUACCUUCCCGCCAGAGCGGUACCUAUUUAUCUACUUGCACUUUGACGUGCUUUCGAACUGCUAGGUUAGCAGUAGCAGGGACCGAGCAACGGGAGCUCACCCCGUCGCAGGGAUUCAAACCGUCAACCUUCUGAUCGGCAAGCCCUAGGCUCUGUGGUUUAACCCACAGCGCCACCCGUGUACCAUCAUUUCAACGUAUACCUAUGGGGAAAUUUCUAAUGUGUUCCCGACCAUGGAAUUUUGACCCCGCCCUCCAAAGCCAAGAAAACCUGUGAAAGCCUAGAAAAAAGGCUCACUAAUUUGUCUUAUCACUACGCCUCCCUCCCUCCAUUCCUCAGCUAACCAACAAAAGGCAAACAAGGAGUAAAAGGUGCUCUCUGUUUGGAGAGCUGAAUCUGCGGGAUCUGCAUGUGUGUACAUAUAUAUCAGAGCAAAGGUGAAGAGCAUAUAUCAAUCUAUGUAGCCAGAGAAAUAUGAUGGAGGAGUUUCAUUUUUCAUUUUUAAGAUCCUAUUUUCACAUUUUUUAUCAAUUUGUAUGUAUAAUGAUUUUAUUAUUGCUUUUAUUGGGCUUUUAUGCAAGCUGUCUUGAGCACCUCCAUUUCUGUAUAACUAGCUUAAUCAAACUAAAAUAGCUAAAAAAUAGGUGGUGUGCUUAGGACUGCAACAUGGAGAAACUUGGGGAACUUUGUUUUUCUUUUCUUUGACUUCAGCAUCUCUUUGCUUUUGUCUUAGGCAUUGAAGCCCCCAGGUAACCCCAAGAUAUGAAGCAAAUGAAGGACCAAACCAAAUACUGUUCUCCAGUUUCAAGGAACCUCCCCCCCCCCCCCAUCACCAAUCCCCAUGGCUUCUCCAUCUGUGAAGAAAACAGAACAAGCUUUGUUUUAAAAGGUCUAAUGGUUUUGUCUGCAAAAGGAAUUGAAGUAUUUGUGUUCAGAGUUUUGUUGCCUGCAAGCCUCCUGACACUUCAGCAAGUAACUGAAAGGUGCAAUAUUCAAGCAUUUUGCAAUAUAUCCGUAGUGAUAGAAUCAUGAUUUAGGAGAUCCUGGUACAAAAGAAACGGUGAACUGAGCCACGUAGUUUUAAGCAAUGAAGUUUCUUUCUGGGCCAGUGGUCUCCAUGCCAGUUGUGAUCGCCCAUCACUGCCAUCUGUGGACAAGACCUGAGGUUUUUGGAGGCUGCUCAAAGCUUUAUGGGAUUAGGAGUGGGAUUUUUCCCUGACUACUGAACUGCUCGUCUUAUUUUUGUGGAGUGAGAGCAUACCACCAUGCCUUGAACAAUCCCUCAAAACAAUGCAGGCUAUUAAAACGGGGGAAAGUCAAUCUGUUUGACCCUUCUCGCCACCUUGAUGCAUCCACAAACCAUCACUUUCUCAGGAUGCUGAGACUCCAAAUCUCUUGUGCUUCACGCAUUUACUGCUAAACAGCUUCCAUAAUGUGCAUUGGUACUAGUGUUGCCAGCUUCUUUUACCAGCACUGCUCCUGUGCAUUUAACAACAGCUUGAUCUGCAGAUAUGUGCAGGUGACUGUGUUUCUCUCUCAAAUGCUGACUCUUUCAAUCCAAGCUGCUGUUAAAGGCAGAGGAGCAGGGCAGUUGGCAACCCUAAAUGUUAGAAGGCAUCCUUGUUAGCACUUGCUUAGACUAGAGUUCCAUUUUAAAUAGUUUAUUUAUCAUAGAGUGUAAACUUAAGAAACACUACUAUUCAAAUGCUCACAUAUGCUUUAAGCACCUGAUUUGUAUGUGGCUGUGAAAUAAGUUGGAAUACAACAGUAUAUUCUUUCUUUUUGGGUUAACUCUAUGAAAAGGUCAGUAGUGAAACGAUUACUGUAGAAAUUAGCAGGGGAGCAAUGGGAUCCAGUGUACUUUGUGCAAUAUCAAAAAAAUCAGGUAGACCAACACAACUAGAAGUAUAGACUUGUUAGGUCCGAACAAUUACCUUUCGCUGUUUUUUGAUAAGGAUUCUCCAUUGCUCGCUCUCUCCUCACACAGAACACUGUGUGCCCACAGUCUGCUUACUUUUCAGUUAAUUCAUGUCUCCUUCCCUCUGCAUCACCAAAGCAAGCAUGGUGUGAUCAUAUGCACAGUUGCAUCAAGAUUCCUUGGGAUACGUGCAUGCAUCAGUAACGCACCCUGCAUUGUAGUGAGGGAUGUGAUCAUAUCAGGAUUGCUUUUCUGCAGUGUUUUACUGAGAGAUAUGCACAUCAGGACCAGAAAAGUGGUAGACAGAAGAUGCAUAUGAACCAAAACAAAUGGUGUGGUUUGAUUCUGAAAUUAAUUACAGAUUUUUCUCUGGUUAAAUUGGAAUUUGGAAAGAGCAGAACUCGGGGCUGGAUGGAACAGAAAUGCCAUCAGAGCAGGACUUUAGGGCAGAUGACAGGGAUUUGACUCAGCAGAAUGAAGAUGACUGCAGAAGGGCUGGUUUAACCACAUUUUGUAGUAAGCACAUUACAACGUAAAACCAGGGAACAGUCUAAAUUGCCUAACUGCAAAGCUCACCUAGAUUCCUUGACCCGCAAGCUGUACAGAGCUCUCUGAAGGAAGAUCAGGUCGAAAGAGUAAUCUGUGAAAUUAAAGGAUACCACACAAGGCACAGAAUCAAAAAUCCAUAGCAUGUGUCUCUUCGUGGACCAGCAUUCUCAACCACCUGUUCAUGUUUUUUGUUACAUUCACAGCACAGAUAAGACCUCAAAAUACCGUAUUUCUGAUACAGUCUUCAAAUUUGAGCACAAUGCUUGUCACCAGGCAAAGAGUACAAUCAGAAUACUGUGCAUACAGAGAGCUGUAAGAUGGUCUUUAUUUAUCAAUAGUUCAGAUGCAACUAGAGUUUGGGCCUUAAAUACAAGAGUUGUGAAUGUGGAGUCAUGGUGAGCAUUUAUGGAAAAGCAGCAGCAGUAGGGAAGGAGUUAACCCUUGCUGCUGCUUUUUCUCUGCAGCCAGUGCCAGAUUCAGGGUUGUGCGGACAGUUCCUCCCCACAGGGCACUGAGCAGACAGGGCACAAAACUGAGAAGAUCCAUUUGGGAGACAGAAAAUUUUAGCCUUGCACAUGACACCAUGUUACAAAAGAUUACCAACUCCACGCCUUCUGUAGCCCCUUCUAAUCUAGUAUCCCCACUGCUUAGCUCAGAGGUAAUAGAGUGGCGAGUGUGUUUGAGAAAGAGAGUGAUUCCCUGCAAGUAGAGCAAAUAAAGCAAAGAGAGAAGUUGGUUACACCAUUUCCCCUGGGUGUGCUGCUUUUCUGCUUGCAGGGAGUGCUUCGACAUGGGGAACACACUCAAAUGGCACCUAUCUCCCACCUUCAGCCUCAAGUAGUCCCAUCUAUUCUGCCAUCCCCUUCAGGGCUCUACCACCUCAUUCCACUGCUUGUGGACAUUAAGCCUUAGAGAUCAGGUUUCUUGGCCUGAGGAGAAGGAGCAGGCAGGCAAGAAGAGGGAAAGCAGGGCUAAAGGAAUCAUUGGGCAUCACCAUUUCUCCCUUGCGGCUGUCCCUGCCUAUAAGCCAGACACACAAAUAGAAGAUUGCCAAGUUUCAGCUACAAGUCACAUUUUUAGAGAGUUAUAAUGUUUAAAGAUAAAGCCACCGCCCUGUCAACUCUCUACUCUGCUUUUAAAGCUCAGAUGUCUGGGGACGGCAUCCCUGCUGCCUUUGCUGAUGACACAGCAUUAUCAGUUGCCUCUUGUUUUUCUGUCAAGGACACAUUCCAGGCAGGAAAAGAGCUCAUGGAGGGUAUGGAGCAGACCCACUCUCUUUAACAGCAUAUAUGGAAUCUUCUGCAGUUGUACUCUCAGACGCAUCCUCCAUGCAUUUCAAAGGGGGCAGGUCAAGAAAGUUUCUCGCUAGCUCAUAUCCCUUUUCUCCAGCCAUGAGUUUUCUACUGAUUAUUUCUUCUGUGUUUCCCCAACCCACCUUGGGGGAGCUAUUUUUUAAUGUACUGUAAGUGAUUUUGCGGGACGUGGGUGGCGCUGUGGGUUAAACCACAGAGCCUAGGACUUGCCGAUCAGAAGGUUGGCGGUUUGAAUCCCCGCAAUGGGGUGAGCUCCCGUUGCUCAGUCCCUGCUCCUGCCAACCUAGCAGUUCGAAAGCACAUCAAAGUGCAAGUAGAUAAAUAGGUACCGCUCCGGCGGGAAGGUAAACAGCAUUUCCGUGCUUCUCUGGUUCGCUAGAAGCGGCUUAGUCAUGGUGGCCACAUGACCCGGAAUCUGUACGCUGGCUCCCUCGGCCUAUAAAGCGAGAUGAGUGCCGCAACCCCAGAGUCGGCCACGACUGGACCUAAUGGUCAGGGGUCCCUUUACCUUUACUUUUUAAGUGAUUUUGCAUCUGGUGAAUGGAGAUUUUGAAAUGUUAUAUUGUUAUCUAUGGAGAAAGUGUAUUUACAAAUUUAUCUGUAUUUAAAAUGUUAUUAUAUAAAGUCUAAACUUUUCCGGGGGAGACAAAACCCCCGCCGUAGAGUAUCUUGUCUAUUUAUCCAUCAUUUUAUUUUGUUUAAAUUGCUUCUGUGCCAAUUUACAUUUCUGAAAAAUGUCUAGGUUUAUGACCCUAUCUCAGCAUGGCAAAUAGAGACCGUUGCAGAAUGUCAAAACAAAGCCUUAAGCAUGAAAAAUAAAAUUAAUAUUGACCCUUAAAGCAGCACAAUUAAUGAGGGACACACACACACAC